CCAUUAUUUCUGCCUAACUGUCUGAAUUAAACUGGCAUAUUAAUGACCCUCUCUGAGAAGAAGAAGAAGAACCUCUAAAAAUGAAAGAAACACUUUGCAUAUUUCCUCUCAGGAAGUAAUGUUUCCAAAGUUUCACCAUCACACAGAAGUCUGCGAGUGCUUCAGAAGACCGUCUCUAUCUUUAAUGUCUUGUUUACGCUCCACAGUUUUCAGGUUGCUUCAAUACGUUGCCAGUUAGCAGCCUCCGACUGCAACACAAUCCAAUUAAAUAAAGAGUGUUGUCUCUCCAGGUUCCUGUGUUCUCUAAUUGGGGCUGUGACUGCUCACUAAUCAGCGGAGGUACAGGUAGACCCUGGAGGACGCCCAGACGAGGCCUCUCCUGUUAAUUGAAGAGAUGCUAAAGCUGGCCUCCUCCUCCUUUUUCCUCCUCUUCCUCCUCCUCCUCGCUGUGCAACACAGAUGCAAACAGAACUCGAGCAUGCUAAAUUCAACUGAACAUACAUGAGCAGCAUCAUCACACUUCUCACCGUGAAUAAGGCCGACAUGUCAGAGCUUGCUUUUGCAUCAUGAGGCCUUAACAAACAGUGACGGUGCAGCGAUGAAUACAGUCAUUCAGUUAAUGCUGGUAAGCUAAACCUGAUGUGUUUCUUCUUAAAUUACAUUAAUUUAAAGGUCAAAGGUUAAAGGUUGUGCAAACAGCCAUUGUCAAAAAAGAAUAAAAGAGCAAGUCAAAUUUUAGUCGUAAAAACAAAGCUAAAGACAAGGAAAGACAUGCUUAAGAAAACAUUUGAUUUUCAAAAUAAAAGAUAAAAAUAAUUAAACAGGCUAGUGCAAUUAAAAAUGUGCAAAAGAGAGACAAUUGUAUGAUAGUUUAAGCAUUUGUUUGUUUGUUUUUUUUCUUUUGUGUCAGGGUUAUGAUUUAAAAACGUAAAAUUUCCUUCUCUUUUAAGAUUACUCUUGACGGUUUCCUUUCAUGAAACCAUUUCUCUUCACAGCAAAUUCAUUUUAAUUACAACCGAGGAGCAAAAACUCAUAAUCAAUUUCACUAAAUGUCAAAGAGUUUCCUUUGCCUCCCUGACUUCCCUCGCUGCAGAUUGAAAACGGCCUUGGCCUGGUGUGUUUCUGAUUUCCUGCACCGUCUGGUGAAGGUAGCAGCUUUGCAUGCUGGGGUCACACCUGUAACGUAUUUCACACUGGGUUAUAUUUUGAGUGGCCACCUGGAUGAGGAAAUAACAUGUUCACAGUGCAUGAACACUACAGCCCUCCCUGCCAGGUAGGAACAGGUGUUUGCUUUAGACUACAUACAGAACAUUCAUGUGACAUGGACGUUCUGCUCCUCGCUUUUUAAAGAAAACAGUCAAUCAGAGUUCAAAUGUGUGAGAUUUUUGCGUUAAGACCUGUUAUCUUUUGAACAACAAAAAUCUUGAGGAUGAUCUUGCAUUUAACUUAACUUCAUCAGCUGCUCUGUUUGUUGUUUCAAAACUAAAUCAAAUACAAAAAACAAGAAAAAAAAAUGGAGAUGGAAGAAACGUCAAAGGGCAUUUCACAAUACAUUCACCAUAAAGAGUUUUUCCUACUUGCAGUGGUAAAAAAGUAAUGGCCUUCUCCGGUCCAACUCCCGGUUAGCGGGACUAAUUUUUUUUUAUUAUGUGCAGCUUCUGGGCAUGUGAAUGAAAAGAUUGAUUGUGUGAAUGCUGUUUCUGUCAGCCACAAACAGCCAAUGAAACACUAAGCACACCUGGAGCAGCACUCACUUUUGACAAGCACAUACCAGUGAACGCCCCUAUUAGAAAAACAAUGAGGUCUAUCAUAAAACAUUUACAGUUGAUAAAGUGCCUGAGAGUGCCAAAAAGUAAGGCGUGUGAUAGCAGCAGGUCUGGAACUAUUUGGAGGUGGGGGCCACGAGAUGAAAACACGAAAGAGGGAAAACUCACAGAAGCUACUGCUUUGAUUUUAAACUAGAUACUUGUCCGAGGUAUAAUCUUUGAUGCAGAGAAUUCAUCUUUGAAUUUUCACCUGCAAAAACAACCUUUACAUGUGGCAUAAAGUUCCCAAAACUGACAUAAAGUUGCCAAUUCUUUUUAUUCAGAAGGCAUCAAGGUAAAGUAUUUGAUCAGUCAUCUUACAAAAAUAAAGAAAAAAUAAUCUCUGUAUUUCAAGAACAAUUAAAGCACCACAGAUUUCUUCUCCUCCACAACCAACAAUCAUUCAGGCUCAAGUCUAAUCAUGUUUUAGAGCAGAAACAAUCACUUCAAUCACAGUUUACUGUUAUCAACAGCGGGGGGUGCGACUUCCACCACCACCUUGCCCAGGUUUUUCCCCGCGUACAUGUAGUCCACAGCCCUGAACACCGACUCCAAACCCACAAACCUCCCCCCUUCUGACAAAUCCCCACAAUCCACCUCACACUGCAGCUUCCCCUUUCCGUACAUCUGCAUCAUAGUACCCAGAGCCUCUCUGUAGUCGCUGAAGAAGUGUGGCAGGAAGAAACCUCGAACACUGGCGGACUUCUGGAGCAGCCUGAUAGGCAGGGUGUCCCCUUUAAAAGGUGGGAACCCUGAUGCGCUCUGGUACCCCGAGAUGAAGCCGAUCACGAUCAGCCGACCUUUGUUGGCCAAACUUUUCACAGCGAGUUCUAAAACGCUGCCUCCGACAGACUCGUACACCACGUCUAUGCCUUUAGGGUACUCUUUCUUCAGUGUCUUCGCCAGGUCUUCAGAGCUGUAGUUAAUCGGCCGAUCACAGCCGAUGGAUUUAAGGAAGCCGGCUUUCUCGUUGGAUGAACAGGUACCAAUCACAUGGCAGCCAGCAUGUUUGGCAAACUGGACCGCAAACUGUCCCGUUCCACCUGCAGCGGCUGUGACCAAAACGGUCUCACCUUCAGCCAGGUCACCCAGACGUUUCAGGGCGAUGUAGGCCGUGGCCCCGCUGAGCAGCAGGGUGAGGAACUCUGGCUUCACCGCAGGGACGGGGAUGCUCUCUUUGGCUUUCACCAGCGUGUACUCAGCAAAUGCACCGUUUGCGAAGUAGGCCACAGUGUCCCCAACAGUGAAACGGGAGCUGGCGCUGAGGCCGAGGCCGACGACCUCACCGAUCCCCUCAAAACCAGCGUCAAAGGGGGGCUUCACUGAAGGGUCGUAUCGGCCAGAUGUAUAAUUGAUGUCAGAGGCGUUGAUUCCAACAAAACUGAAACAGAAAAACAAGAACUCUGGGUUAAACUGGGAAACAAGUUACAUUUACAAGAUUUCCUUUAAAGCUAAACACUUUUAAAAAUCUCAGACACUUUCAUGUGGACAUUAGUAUGAGCCAGUAUUCCCUGAAUUCCGUCUGAAGGUCAAGACUUCCUUGUCUGCACGGGGGUACAAACACUCUGGCUUGUUUUGGCAAUGAUUCCUCUUUCUCUGUAGGAGAACAGUCCUGCACUGACAGGGGAAGGUUUGUAUCACAAAACACAUUGCAUGAUGUCAUGAUUCAUUGUCUUCAGAGACACCCACAACAAAACUGCACUUUCAAAAUCUCAGAUAGCUGCUUCUUGCCUCAACACGAAGACGGGUGUUUUCAUCUUACUUUGGUAACAUGUUAGAAACAAAUAUGUGAGAAAGGAAUGUAUAAAUAAAUCAUUUACUGUCUGUUAGAGCGGCACGCAUGCUGAGCCUCAUUACUGUGCAUGUCACACGUGUACUUUGAGCUUGGAGAUAAUGCUUCUGUGGUUUAUAGAUGGGUCAGGAUGAUACAACAACACACCUUGAUUUGACUACUUUGCAUCCGACGAAUCGGUUUCCUCUCGGGGAAAUAUUGUGCUCUCAUCAAAGUUACUGUUUCGGUGUGCAAAACUCAAAACACAGUGUUUUGUAAGUAUUUGAUAUCUGACAGUUAAGCUGAAAUCUCUUUAAAGAGAUGAGGUUUGAAAAAACUUCAUCUGAAAAUUAAGGAAGGUAAAAGAAAACAAAAAAAACACUUGUUUGCAUUUUAAACCUAACAAUAGUAAAGCUGCUCCUUAAAACAAAGGUUUGAAUGCAUUUAGUUCGGAGUCAGAGUAAACCUCACAUUUCAAUUUAUGCAAAUAAUUUGUAUUUUGAUGCAGACUUAUUAAAAAUAUUAUCUGAAGAAAAAAAUACAACAGUGCAAACAGCGUUCAUGACGGUCCAGUGUUAAGAAAAUCCUGAAAAGCUUAAUAACGCCACCUUUGUCUUCCAUGUGCAGCUAGUGUAUUUACUCAGCUUCGUUCAAGUUUACACGUAGAUCAUAUCACACACACACACAGGCCUCAGCAUUGGAGAAAUUACAGGAUUGACUCUACAUUAAUAAAAUCCUCUUUAGUGGAGUCACACAUUUAUACAUUUAUAACAAAGAAAAUAAAGUUUCAUUUCCUCCUUGUUAAUCCAUCAGCUUCUCUCGCUGCAGUCUGGAUCCUUUCACUUAUCACUUCUUCAUUCUGGGUUUAACACUUUUUAACAUCUUUUAGAUUCCAUUAGGAUUGCACUGAUACUGUGCAAUAUUGGACGACUUUUCCCAGAAAACAAAAUCGUUUAUUCUUAUUAACGUGUUUUCUCUGAUCCAGAGAGUGUGACGCCUCCCCGGACUGGACUGUAUACUUGCGAAGAAGCGGUCAAAGGUAAGAGUUCAGGUGCAGCCGAUCACCUGCUGAGCAGUGAGACACUAAUGGACUGUUUUACACUUGCUCUGACCGAGUCUUUAGGUUUUACUAUAGUCAAUACUGCCCUGAGGUGUGUUUGUGUGAGGCUUACUAAAUAUUUAAAUCAGAUCUGAAGACAUGCAUCAGGCAAAUCAAAAUCAGGGUGAGACAUUUGCAGAGAAAUUGAGCCAGAAAUGCUGCGUAAAGAAUUAUUCACACCAUGUCCACCUUUUUGAGCGUGUACGCAGCUCUGUACUGUUCUUAAUUUGACAAUGAUUCAAAGAGACUGACUUUAGGUGGCUUUAUUCUUUCCUUGUCUUUUCUUUAUCUGUGCAUGUGCUGCUGGCUUCCUGCAGCUGUGAAUGAGGGGGAAUUAUAUCUCUGUGUUCCCGCGCCAUGUAAAAACACUGCAUCUCCUUCUCCAUCAUCUGCAUCUCUUGAUGCCAGUCUGAACCCCCCCACGACUUUCUGUUUGCAGUUUGGUGACGUAGAGAGACAGGAGGACAGAGAGAGGGAGAGAGAGAGAGGGGGGAGAGAGAGAGAGAGGGAGAGAGAGAGAUGCCGAGAUGGAUUGAUAGACAAAUGCAGAGAGGGCGGAACUUGGAAUUACAGUACAACGCUUAUUCCUCACGUAUUUUGCCAUCUUGUGAUGAUGAUGUUGAUCGCAGGUGCUGGACAUGGGUAAACCGAGGUAAGGGAAGCCUUUUUACAACUUCUCAACCUUAUUGUGACUGAUAGGCUGCGAAUAUUCAUCCACAAAUAGACUCUGUAGGUCCCGUUUCGCUUCUCCAAAACGUGCAGAGUAGAAACAGAAAACAGGACCACACUAUUAUCCGUGGCCAACCUUUCAAAAAAAACAACUUACCGAUUCCUGACGAGCAGCUCCGCGUCUCCGGGUGUCGGAACAGCAACGGUUUGCAUGGAAACGGCCUCCCUGAAAUUGGGACUUAGCCUGUUUACGACCAGCUUUUUCAUGCUGCUCGGUAUGGAGGAUCCUUUGAAAUCCAUGAAGUGCGCUGAGUAGGACAGAUCUAUGAUGGUGCGCUGCGCAGACCGAUGAACUCCUGAAAGUGCGCCGGUGCCUCUGCGCCCCCCGCCGAUCGCCGCUAUCGCUCUCCUGCCGUUUCUCGCCAAUAACACGCUGGUCAUGGCUCCGAAAUGUGACAAAGUUCACGGGUAACUUGACGGACGUUUAUGGUUAGUGAUAAGCCUGCGCUGUGCCAUUUAGCCUUGCAGGCCGAAUCGGGCAGAACCGGACAAAACGCGCAUUUACACCCAAACUGAAACCACUAUGCUGUUAAACGUCACGCUAGGUUACUUACGCGAAAAUAACAAAGACCGAGUGGAUUAUUUCGGAUUGAAAUCGCUGCACUGUUAUGGUGCAGCCCUGUGAGUAGCAACAGCAGCGCCCCAGACUUGUCGUCGGAGUCCCUCCCCUUCCCGGACACAGCACUCACUUCCUAGUAAGGUGAAACAAAUCAAUCCUCAUCUCCCAGCGUAUAUCCUCAGUGCGUUUUCCUCCCACGAAAACACACCACCAACCUUUUCUAAACAGCGAGAUAAAUUCAGGUUAAAGUCACAGCACGUGUUUUUUUUGUAAUCGCGCGUUUGUUCAGUUUGGCGUUUUAUUUUGGAGGGCUGCAGCCGAAACGCCUAGUGUCUUGUCCACAUGUACACCUGUAACCAAAGCGUGCACCAACACUCAAUUCUCCAUGUUUCACUCCGCACUGUUAUCAUCCAUCUUCACCUGUCUGUCAUUUUCUGGAAACAUCUAUCGUAAGUCAUGUAAGAGCUGCUAUAUUGGAUCAUUGCACCCUCGUCCCACCCCCAGUGGGAGCCGAACCUCCACCACCUCGUGCUCUGACAGAGCCACGCUGGAAUAACCUAAACCUGACAUCUGAGUUGUAACAAACUACUACUUGAUCAGUACUUUUUCUUUUUUGUGUGGUGUGAGAUACAUGCUCAUAUAAGUUUGAUUUUUAGUUCCAAGAGAAUCAUUUCUUUUGUCGGGGUUUGGGAUUUUUUUAAAGCAAAGAGAGAAGGAGAGAGAGAAGGAGAGAGGGAGAGAGAGAGAGGGGGGAAAACAAGACAAUUAAAAAGAUUGACAGGUAGGCUCCUCUGUCAGGGGUGACGCUUGUGGAGAGGGGAGGAGUAAAAAUGUAGCAGGAAAAGCCACUCGAUGCGUCUGUCUAUCAGUUGAGACUGUCUGAAACAGCUUCUGGAUCCACCGCGUUUCCAUUUUUUCUUUUUUGGGGAGCUCUCGAAUCAGUCCCUGGAGUUUUUUCCUCUCUCUUUUAGCCCAUUUAAAGAGACAAAUAUUUGAAUCCACGUCGACCUGAUCUGUUGUUAGCGAAGCUUGGAUGCGCCUGCGUCUUGUUUGUUUCCCCUCUCUCUCAAGUGAUAUCCUCUCCACCGCAUCAACCACCCCUCCAAAAAAAAAAAAAAAAAAAAAAAAAAAAAAAAGAGAGAAACGACUCCGUCCAAGAUGCGAUGAGAUGAGCGGUGGGAAUUAUUUCCACGACACUUAAAACGUAAGUAAAGAAAGAAAGCCUGCUCGUCCUGUUUAUUUUUUCAAUGGGAGAGACAGAGGGAAGGAGGGGAGGGAGGAAAAAGUCUCCGCCGGACUGGUGAGGCUGGAUCCGGGCUGAGGUGGCGUGGUGGUGACGGGACUGACAUUAACCCAUCUAAUGCCUGUCUAUCUGUUCUCCCCUCUCCCCUUUCUCUCUUUCAGGUCUCUGGCAAACGAAGAAGAGAAGGAAACACGAGGAUACAUUACCUAUUAGAGCAGUGCGCUGCACUCACACGGGACUUAUUUGUUUGCUCACCGCUAGAGUUUAUUUAUUUUUUAGUUUUGGUGUGCGUAAAAGGCGCAGCAAAGUCUCGUCCCCCUACGAACAGCACUGGAGAUUAGAAAGAUUUUUUUUUUCCAGGGGGGAGUGAACUGAAAACUUGGGUGCUUUCUUGCUGCUACUUCUUAUUUUUUUCACCCUGCCAUGGGAGACAUGAAGGAAGAUGAUCUUUGAUGGACACGGAGGUGUCAGGAGCUGGCCGAAUCCUUUCGUAAUUUUUCCUGCUCACUGUCGAAGCCGAUCCAGCCAUUAAGUCCAAAAAAGAGCAGCCACUUUAAAAAAGAGGACAUUUUUCAGCUUUGACUUCGAAACCUCCGUCCCCCGAUAAAACGGGAUGAUUUUUCCAAACUGUUAGACUUUGAUUUGCUCUAAUUCCUGCAUGAGAAGCACCGUGGAAAGUGACGGUCACUAUGCCGAGGAGAAAGCAGCAAGAGCCGCGGCGAUCAGCAGGUAUAACCCGCCCCUUCAUAGCGACCAUUUCCCAUCCUAGUAGCCAAGUAGUUUUUCUGCCCAGUGCCAAAUGAAAAUAUCAUCCUUUCUUUCACAGGCUUAAGUUUUCCUGCAUGCUGAGAUUUAUUUUACAACUCUGUUAUUCUAAUUUAAAUUGUUGUGUUAUUAACGCAGCGCGCAGCUCAACCUCUGACCCACGCUUGAGUUUAAAAUGUGAGUUAAUUGCGCAAAUGACGCACAUAUCUGCGCAAUGCCACUUGGAGAUUUCUUUUUUUUUUUGUAAAUCCUCCUUUGCCAGGAAAGUUCUCUUAAGAUUGGUGAGAUAAACUAAAUGGCAUGUUAUGGGGGAUAAAAGAGAGCUUUUGAGGUUCAAGAGUGAGUAAUGAUGAAUAAUUGACUGGGAAAAAAGGGGGAGAAAACUGGUGAGAGCCGGUUUUUCCCUUUCUUUCAGUUUUAUUAGAGGAUUGCCAUCCUUGAUUUGAUGCGUGAUUGAUCGCCUGUCAUGUGGCAGUCUUUGAUCUAUUCAUCCCUGAUAAACAUCAAUAAAUCCUUCCAUGAAGACAGGCAUGCCUCUGCGAGGUUUGAACAACUCAAACACACAACCCUCCUGUUGUUUCAACCAGGAAGCAAAAAAGCAAAAAAAAGAAAGUUGUAAUUUAUGGCAGAAAAUCACCUCCUUUUAUUUAAAGGGGAGGUACUAAAAGCAGAUGAAAGGAUGUGUGUAUGUUGAAUAGAUCAGAGGGGAAAUGUACCCAAACACUCUUUUAAUCAGGUGUUUGAUUCCACUGCUCUGCCUUUUCUUCGUGGAGAGAAACGCUGAGGUUUUCUCGCACUUUCCCAUCCAAAUUCUCCCCACAUUCACUGUAAGAAUCAGCCCAGUAAUGAAAUCAAUAUCCACUGCUGGAGGGGAGUAUUAUAUUUGCAAUGUGACCAACUGAUAAAACCAGGUCUUGGCAGACGACCGACAAGGUUGACUUCUAGUGGUUUGGAUUUGGACUCCCCCUUUUUUCCUCUCUCGUCUCCCUGCAGCCUUUAAACAAAUGUAAAUGAGUGACAGGGGUUUCUACCUCUGUGCUAAUGAGGCCGAGCCUUUGAAGUUAGGCAUUAACAACUGCAGCGAACAAAAGACAGUAACAGAAUUUUAAAGAGAUUCUGAAAUAUGAGGUGCAAAGCGGGUCGAACAGGAGGGCCAGCCGUCGAAGACUUUGAACUCAGCAGGUUUUUAUCAUUGAAAGCGGGGAGCUGCUGGUGAUGAUGGUGGUGGUGAUGAGGAUGAGGAGGAGGAUGAGAAGGAGAGUAGGAUGGAGAACAUUCAACCGGUGCUCGCUUUCGACUUCUGAUUUUCUUUUUUCCCCUCUUUCUAGAAAAGUACUUCAAGCGCAAUUUUUGGGCCCACACUCCUCAGAAAGGAUUCAGAUUUAGAUACUGAGCCUAACUUUACUUUUUCAAACGUGUGUAUGUGUGUGCGUGUGAGUAAGCGUGUGUGUCAUUUGUUGCUGUUUAGGCGAAAUAGCCCCAUGGAAAAGGUCAGCCUCGGUUCGAGCAGAGUGACUCCGCUUAGGUUCCUGCAUGUAGAUGGAGGCAUGAAAACAUGACAUCUCUGUGACCCUCCCUCCCCUCCCUCUUUUUUUUUUUUUAACAACACACUCUUCUCUCCCACACACACACACACACACACACACACACACUUAUUCACACACACAAACACACACACCAUUGAUCCGUUACAUUGUCCACUGAGUGCCAUGCACAUCAUGGCUUGUAAUGGUCAAUCACAGCUUGGCAGUCGGGAUGCUUUCCAUUCUUCCAUGAACAUGACAGUCGGUCAGAGAUAACGCCCUCCGCUACACACUCCCAACAGCAGCAAAUAACUAAUACACACCCUCACAUACACAGACACACACACACACAAACGCACGCUAGGCUAGCCUGAUGCUCCACUGGGAGCUGGUACUGACCUGUGGCUUCCUCACUCUACUGCUGCUGCUGCUGCUGCUCACAGAGGAAAUUGCUCAUGGUGUGACUGUGCAUGGAAAUCAGAGCUCAGACAAUUAAAACAACAAAAGCAGACUUGUCUCGACAGGUUUCUCUUUCAUUAUUUCCCCCUACCUUUUAGAAUAAUAUUUUCGAUGACGUAAUGUUUGCUUGAAGGCCAGAUCUGCACAGAAUAACCCACAACCCUGGUAAGAGCUACAGUCAAAGUUGGGUAGUUUUAAAAUGAGUAGUUAAAAUUUUACAGAUUAUUUUUUUCACUAUUUUUGCAGCUCAUUAUUAGAUGUCUCAAACCGAUUUUAAAUAGCUGUUUUUUUAUUUAUUUUUUGCUCAUUAUAAAUGUUAAAAUUUUCUGGAAAAUUGUUUUUGACGUAACAAAAAAAAUAAUUUUUCGCCCAAGCACUAAAUUCUAUUUGAGAAAGUAUUAUUUUAAAAUGUGUGUGCGGGGUUAUGUAUGAUUUUGAGAUGGCAGAACACUUUUUAUCCAACAUGUCACACUUUUAAAGUUCUUUUUUUCACUUCUCGUAAAUAGCAAAAAAAAACGUGAAAACCUAAAUCCGAAAGUGUGUGAAGGCAACACAUCUGUAUUCCUACUUGUCCUCUAUUACCUUGAAUUUAUUGUGCCCAAAUGCAUGCUUCUGUGUGUGUGCGUGUCAGUGUGUGUGUGUGUGUUAUUACACUUGUAGCCUCACCUCAUCACUCGUUUUAAAACUGGGGGCGGGGGGACUGCAGGGAAGGCAGGAACAAUUAAAAGUCAGGACGGAGUGACGCUGUCUUUCAUCCCAGGCAGGCUUAGAUAGUCUUACUCGAGGAGAAGCAGAUAAGAUAGUGGCUCUUAUAUCUAUGGUUAAUUAUGAGACAGACAGUGUGUACGUGUGUGUGUGUGUGUGUGUGGGUGUGGGUGUGGGUGUGGGUAUAGGUGAGGGUGGUGGGGGUAAGGUUGCUUCCCGUUGGCUUCAUUAGAGAGAGCCCUAAUUAUCUGUGGAGCUGAUGGAUUUGUGACAGGCCCUAACGAUUAAUGCUGACAAAUUCAGUAAGGUGUCAAGUCCGCAGCUGCCUUGAUGUAAUCAAGUUGAUAUUAUACAGUCCCCAUAGCCCCUAGUGCAGCACCAACUCAAUUUGCCUGUGCAGGUGACAAAUGGACUUUGCUACCUGACUAAUCACGUCAGGAGACAAUGCCAGUUAAUGACCUCGGUGAGCCCCCCCCCCCGUUCUCGCCACCCCCACCACAUCCACCCUUAUAACCUUGUAAUAAGCAGGCUGGACCAGCUACAGCACCUCACCACCAUUCCCUCGGGUUCUCUCCUUAUUUUCCUCACUUUGUUUUCACUUUGAAUCUGUUCAAUUAAACAGUCUAAUUUUGUCAAAGCGUAGCUGCGUUUCCUUCAAGUUCCUUUUUUUUUUUCACUCUCGUUAACAGUCGCAAAAAAAAAAAAAAACUGUCCUUUUUUUUUUAUUCUUUAAAUAAAACUGAUAUAGCUCGAGUUUGCUCUGACUUGAAAGAUGAGCUCUCUAAAGCGAUCCCAGCAACAGUUUUCAAAAACAUGUACAACCAGUGGACGUCUUAACACUUCAGCAUGUGUUGCAGCUCUGCUAGUAAAUCUCCAGCCCAUCAUAACACACUCUCCACGUACUAUUCUUGAAUGUCCUCCCUUCUCAGUGCUGCUGCUGCUUCUUCUGCAGCCGCCUGGGUGAAGGCCUCCGGUUUAUUCCGAGCUGGAGAAUCACAGUGCCCAGGGAUUAAUGAUUUUGCAUGCCCGGGGUAGCUAAGAUUACACAGCGACCUUUGUGCUCUUACUUGACGAUACUGUUAUGUGAUAUUCUCCCCUCGAAAUAAUCAGCAUGCUGAGAUUUAUGUGGCCCCCUACCCUUCUGUCUGCACACCGUCCUGAGGAGUGUUUAGCCUCUAGGUGUGUGUUGUUUUUCUCUCUUUGAAUGCUGGCGAAUUUGAAUACCCCACUCCUUCUCGAGAAUUAGAACGGUCUUGUUUGUUUCUUUUCUGAUAAAAAGUUAUUCGCUGCAAAGGAACUGGUGUGUCUUUGGCCUGAAAGUUAGAGCUGUUUACAACUUUGGAUAGCUUUAAGGCUGCUUAGCUUUAGAGAAAUGAAAAGUUAAUGUCAGAAACUGAUGAAAAAGUGUGUGUCUGUGUGUAGUUCUGGUGUGUUUGAAAGAGUGAGGCAGAGGCGUAGAGAGCAUGUGUGUGUUUGUAGCUUAGCGCUGGCCGGUGUUAGUUUUCCUGGAAUGAAUAACUUGAACGGGUGUAACGGUACCACACCGCGUUAGUCAUCCUCUUUAGCAAAGUCUGCCUUCAGACCCCCACCCCCCCACAGAAGCACGAAAACAACCUCCAACAGCCGCUGCAUAUAUUUCUCACCUCUGACUGUCAUAUCUGCUCACUAUUUCCAAACUAAACAAGAGACAACAGACUGAGCAGGAGCUCGUAUUGAUCCCAGCAGCCUGUUUUUAUCCCCUCUCCCUUGGUUUAGCUCCAUGUUUCCUGGGCAUUCCCUUUAGCGUGUGUGUGUGUUUAUGGUGGUGGGACUCGGCUAGAGGUUACGCUAAUUGGAGCGGUGGUGUCGUUAGCAGGUGGCAUCGAUCGACCUCGUCGAUAGCCACUUUUGCUCCUGCGCCACCCUCUGAAACUAUUAGUUAAAUUUACAUCGGGGAUUUGAAGCAGUCAAAGGUCAAACAUGCUCAGCUCGCUCUUCUAAUGCCUGGAGUCACUACAAGUGCCCCCAUGUCUGCGCCUGUGUGCGUCUGUGUGUGUGGUAUUAGCUUCUCGGUCGUCUGAAUUAGCUACGUCUAUUAGCCAUGUUUUUUUUUUGUUUUUUUUUGCACACAGAAAAUUCCUACAUUCCCUUUGAGAAAACAGUUUGAAGAUCAGCAUAAAGGCUUUUUAAAAUAUUGAUUAUCAGUGAAUGCAUAAUAUAAUCAAAUAUAAGGUAUUAGCAAGGUUUAAGCUGCAUGUGUUAAGCUUUUCCUGUUCCCACAGAUAAGGAUAUAUUUCACAGCACAGCAGUAAUACCCCUCCUCUUCUUUUUCCUCUCUCUUUCUUUCUGAUUCUUUCCGGGGCAUUCUCAACAAAAGCUGCCCUCAGGGCACGCUGCUACCAUCACUGGCAGUGUGUUACCCUCCAUACACACACACACACACACACACACACACACACACACACACACACACACACACACCAUCAGCCAUAAACACAGACAGUCAGACUGACUGACAGACACACACACACACACACACACACCUACACCUAAUGCUUAAGUGCAGCCAGCAUGUCUCUGUGGGAGGUCAUAAUGGAGGUGGCUUAGUAUGAUGGGAAAUCAUAUCAUUAAAGCAGCCAGAUGUGCUUUGUUGCCUGCCUCGCAGCACAUAAAAACAGCAGCAAGUCAUGGGAUCCAAAAGAGAGAGGGAGAAAAAAAUCUUAGUCUGAGAAAAUCAAGUCUGAAACAGAUAGAAAGCAGCCCUCUGGGACUGGGCUGACAAGCAGUCUUACUCCUGACUGCCAUAGAAAAACAAUUUCCCCCCAAAUAAAGAAUUUUUGUUCUCAUUUUUCAAUGUUGCAGCAGCAUAACAAACUCGAUUUUUUUUUUUUUUACUUCAGCCUGGACUCAAAGCUUUGAUAAACGGCAUGCUGUGUCUGUUAUCAGCUCUUUGUUAAGUGUGCUUAAUUACUAUGUAAUAUUUGGGUUGUGCUGAGUAAUUACAUUUUGUAGCGGCUCCACAGUGGGGGUGUAAGGCUUUUGAGCUCAUUAAUGGAAACUUGUUCAUAUGUUGUGUGUGUGUGUGUGUGUGUGUGUGUGUGUGUGUGUGUGUGUGUGUGUGUGUGUGUGUUUUUCCUUUUUGCUUUUAAAACUUCAGCAACAUAAUUUGAGACAUGAGAAAGAUAAGAGGGGAAGCGUUCAAGAGAAGUAGUCGUGCAACAUUUGAGGCACAAAAAUUGACAUCUUAAAUUUUCUUAAGUAAAGUAUUACAUUUGCCGAGGGUAAAUUUGCUCUCUUGAUCAGCGCGGUGCCUCCUCGAGAGGCUAUGGGAAAGUCUGCUGGAGCCAAAUUUAACAUGUUACUUCUAUCAAUAAAAGAUGAGCAAUUACGGAAUAUUUUGUCUAAUAAGUAUUUGAAUUCCUCAGCGCAGGGGGAAAAAAAAAAAAAAAACAUGUAGCUUACCCACUCAUUACAUCAGUUAGCACGGGGAGUGAGAGGCAGCGCUUUGAUGCCAACAAACAAACAAGACAAACGAGAUGGGCCCACUACAGAAGAGCAAAAGCCCUAUCCAGGGACACCCAACCCCAGCGCUCUCCUCCUCUCUCUCCUCCAUCUCUUCCUCCUCUCAUUCCUCCCCCUCUCUCUUCUCGUCUCUUUAACGUACCUCUCAUCUCUCCUCUCGUUUCUCGGCACUCCCUCUCCCUUUAUUUCUUGCUCUUUUCCCCUCUUCAGCGUGUUUCUCAUCUCACAUCCCCCUCUCUCUUCUGGGUAAAUACUCGCUCUUUGCCACUCAAAAGCAAAGAGAAAAGAGAGAGGAGUGCUGCUGCUGGAGGAGGGUGAAUGAAAAACGGUUUGAAAAAGUACUUUUUCUCUUAAAACUGUGCUUUUAUUUUUUCCUCCUCUGUCUGUCGGUUGUACCUCAUCAGAAAAAGUUAGGUGGAGUUCAUUGGAGGGAAAAGGAAAAGCUGAAAAAGAAGCAAAUGAUGGAGGAAAUAAACCCUUUUAAAGCAGCCUUCCUUCUUGCCAAAUACUUAAUCAUUGAAGUGCCGUUUGAAUAUGAAACAAAACUAAACAAAAUAUGUCUGUUUCACAGUCAGUCCAGUUAUUUAACACUCACGGAAAGAGUCAACGUUCAAUGAUUACAGUCGGCAUCAAGUUUAUCAGAAGCUUCAAAGAAGGAGGCGUCAAUAGUUGCGGGUGUCAGUGGGUGGAUGCAUGGCAAGUUGAGGGGUGGUGGGACGCUGUUGGAGGGUGGUAGGGGGGAGCUUUUAGGACGGGUAUUAGAGCUGACAGAUGAACAGGACGAUGGACAAAUUCUGCCGCAACAGCUGCGACUGCCGCCAUUAUCCUGACAGGUGUCAAUUAAGAAUUACUGCCCGGCCGGCCGAGCACCCCACCACUCACCCACCAACCCACCCAACUACCCACCCGCCAACACUCCCACCCCCUUGUCCAGCUGUCGGCGUGUGAGCGAAAUAACACUUUACCCUUGUCAGUGUUGUCACAGGCCCUGCAGCCCAGGUUCUCUUCUCCUGCUUUGAAACGGCAGCCAGCGGCAGAUGCUCGCUGGUCAAUUUACAGAUCGUGGUGCUGCGUUUGUAGGUAGAUCGAAGGGUAAAGGAGAGGCGGAGAUCCACUUUUAUAUUUUUGUGGCAGGUUUAACUUGGAUCUUUGGUUUGAACUCAGCAGUCCUAGAAUUAUGCAAUGGCUUAAGUAAGACUCUUCUAUCAGAUUAUAUCUAGCUUGUGGACAGUCAGUUUUAAACAUUUCAAAAUAAAAGGUUAAAAUAAGCUUUUACAUCUUUUUUGUUGUUAGAUAUUACCCUCUCGUACUUCCCUGGUCUGUGUGCGUGUCUGGGGUUGCAGUUGUGCAAACAGUGAGUGGCGUGUUCACCUUUAGCAGAGCGGGGCUGCGGACUAACCCAGAUCUCUUGACCCUCUGCUGCUCGCCUUGUUGGCUGACACAGGGCUGCUUUUACUCCACAUUGUAAAGUAGGGAGUCGAGGUCAAUGAGUGAGAAAAUGAACAGUUGCCAUUGCCCAUCUCCGAGACUCCCCACUUGUAAACCCCGCUGGCUGAAAAACACAUGUUUUUGGGGAGGGAAGGUUUCUCGCUUUAUGAUAAAGAAAAGGAAAUCAACGUGUGUGUGUUUGUGCGUUUGUUUUAUGUCAUUCAUUUUAAACAUAAAUCACUGCAGAGCCAUGCGGUCUAAUCGUCUAAGUGUGAUAGACAGUAUUACGUGUAUAAAAGUGGGAUUUUUCUGGCAGAAGUUGCGCCUGACACAAAGUUCACAUACCUGUAUUCGUAAUCAUAUACCCUAUAAUUUACCCCUAUAUACACAUAUGUUGUUUGAAUUUUAAAGUUAUUUUACGCUCGUGAGUCACACUGUUCUCAUCGUCUAGUUAUUACUUGGCGCCUGUAAUAAAUGCAGUUUUCAUUGCCGGCGCAGAAUAAACAUGAGAAGCUUCAAUCGGUGGAAGCAGGAAGCAAAAACAGCAACGUGAAAAAGCAACAUGAGAGUGAGCGCAGACGGCUCCCCAGGAAUACACACAUGGAUUUGCAUGUUCACUUGGGAGUUACAGUUUUGGAUUUCCUCCCUAGAAAUCAUUUGCCACAGAAAAUAACCGAGGAAGAUAAUAUCAGUGUUAUUUCGCUACUCCUGCUUUAUUUGCAUAUCUCUUGUUUUAAAUAAGGCAAGCCCUUGGAGUGAAAUUCAGUUUGUGUUUUUUUCGGAGCUUCACCUUUUUUUUUUUUUAUGGAAUAUGCCUCAACCUCUCUCCCUUUCUCUUUUUAUUUAAUUCUUUCUUUAGGCCUACCUCCUCUCCUCUCUCUGUCUCACACUGGCACUAGACUGCUCCGAGCGAUUAUCAAACCUGAGAAUAUUUUCCAUCCCCAUGCAAAUCACCCACCAUGCUCUCUUAUCAUUCCUGCUUUGCCCCCUCCACCACUACCACGCCACCACACCACACCCCAGCUACCCCAAACGGUUGUGUGUAAUCAAAGUAAACGGCAGCUAAAGCUAAAAGGGAAAUGCUCUUUGUGGAGAUGGAUGGAGGGAUUAAAUAUUAACCGGAUGCGGCUGACUUAAGGCAAGUGUUUUACAUAGCUGCUCCCGCUGUUGAUGCCGUGCAUUGAUCCCCUCGCCCUGGCGCCUUUACUUGUUUGGCUGCCUGCCGUUAAUUUUUCACCAUCAUCUCAGUGGCCAGGCCUUUGGAACAGAGAGGGAGUGAAUGCUUCACCCAGCCCCCCUCCUCCUCCUCCUCCUCCUCCUCCUCUGUGUUUUAACAGGGGCAGGUGAGAUGGAUGAUAGCAAUUUGAGAUUUUGUUUGUGCGUGUGAUCAUGGAGAUUGUUUUUGGUAUUACCAUGGUGUAACAAUCCCAGUGAUUAAUUGAGGCGAAUGCUCCGCUCGGAUUGGAUGACUUGGUUGAAAAACAGGAGUUUGUAGGUUCUCUCCACCUUCCUCCGCUCUUGACUCGUGAAUGUGGUGUUUAUCGGCUGACCUUGGAGUCCAACACUGCCGCCUUCUUGCACACGUACACACACACAUACGUAUACGCUCCCAGGGAUCCUGCCUCUGCACACUGCCCCUCUUGUCAUAUCGCUUCCUUCAUUUCCUCAUGCCUCCCUCUUCCUCUCCUCCAGCUGUGAUUAAAAGAGAAAAUCAAACCGCUCAAACCAAACUUUGGGCAGAAAGGAGACUAAACAAAAACAAAAUGGCUACAGUGGCUACUCUCUUCAUGUGGACGGACAUUAGCAGGAGGAGCGCUCCUCCAGUGGCAGCGGCGUGGUGUGUUUUCAAUAUGUUUGUUGUCCACAUGUGUAUAGCAAUAUCCUGUGGGUCACAGAGGCAGCUUGUUAACAGGGGGGGCAGCUCAUACUGGUGGUGUUUUAACAUCCCCCUUUCUCCAACCACACACACACACAUUCACUCACACACAAACACAGUUGUUGCACUGCUGCUGCUGCUGUUGCCGGCGUUGUGAAGGCCUUCUGGCAUUUAUAAAUGCACUGUCGCUCCUGUGGCCGAGCUGUACCCUGCAGUCGUCGUCAGACAUGGCCACCACUCAUCACUCAGCCCUAAUGAUGCCUUGUUUUCUCACCCCCACCCAAACCCUCUCAUGCACACAUGCAACCCCCCCCCCCCACCUUGGGCCGGAGUGCACAUCUGAAGAGGUCGUAGGCAGGUCGUGACCCCCAGGUGGUCUCAGUGUAGACGACUGCAGCACUUCUCAGCAUGUUUUUGUUUUUUCUCUCUCUCUGUUUCUCUCUCUCUCUCUCUCUCUGUUUCCCUCAGCUGACUUUAACCUCAAACAGUUAAAAGCUUUUUAAAGUGCGUAUCAAUAUUUGGGUGCUUGAAGCUGCAGAAAACUGACAUUUAUAAUUCUGUAUGGUGUUAAUUUGAAUAAUUUUCAUGCCACCAAAAAAGCAAAGUAUUUUCUGUAUCAAACGGAAAUACUCUGUUUGAAACAGAAAUAUGCUGUAAGCCAAUAAUCCAAUAAUAAUAGCAGCGAUAAUAAUAUUGAAUCUAAAAAUGUGGUUUGUCGUUUAAUCAAACAGAAAUGUGGCAUUUAUAAAAACACAGUUAAAAGAGCUUACCUGAGGCACUGUCAACAUUUAUGUUUUACUCUGACGGACAAGCUUUUUCUAAGUGGAGAUUUUUCCAGAUCUGUUUUUUAUGCAUUCAUGUCGACAUAAAAAAAGAAAAGUUUUGGCAAACGCUGACGUCAUUAUCUCAAUCUUUGUCUCUAUGUAUGGCACAUGCGCUGACAAACUGCUUGUUUACAGCUACUUCGUAUUGUUAAGUUAAGCUGCAUGUUCACAAGGAAACCAGGCUUUACUUAAUCAUUACACUGCGGCACAGGGGUGAAUAAAUACGUCAUUCUGGAUACAUUUUUAUAAUUCGCUACUUCGUUGAGAGAGCGCUCUUUAAAAUGACUGCUACCUCAUGAAGACGCUCGAUACGCAUGUCCACGGUGUUGUCCUUUGGUGCUCUGAUGUGACAGACUGAUCACACAUCAUCAUCAGAUGAUGGUCUGGCAUGAUCGUGUCAGAGUUUUAGACCAUUUCUGGGGAAAAUUCACAAAAAAACAAAGAGAAAAAAAAAAUCUAAUUUAAUCAACCUCUUCACUUGAACUGUUCAUAGUUACUUUUCACGGUAAAAGCAUCAGAUUGUAACCAGUAAGAUGUAUUAUUUUUGCCGGCGUUUGACUAUUCAGAUGUAUAUUUCUAAUUGGAUGUAUUUUAUUUUUCUCUGAACUACUCCUUUUAUUCCUCCUUUGUUUCUUGGAUCCUUACCAACUUCUCCUUCUUUCUUCCCUCUCUCCUCCCUGUGUCUUUCUGUGUCUCUCGCUCUUUUGCUCGCCUUUAGUCAAAGUAGCCCUGGUCCCCAUAGCAACACAUGGUGAACUCUUACUCAUUAGUGUGUGUGCAUGUGUGUGUGUGUGAGUGAGUGUGUGUGUGAAGCCCAGCUGAAUGGCCUGAAUCCUGAUCCUCAUUUCUGUGAUUUUGUACCACAUCCAUCCAUCACCUCGUCAUCAUUUUACCAAAGCCGGCUGUGUAACCGUCAGUGAUGAUGUUUGGACGUUUGCGUGAUUCCAAAUCAAUGUGUUUGUCUUCUGCUGGAGGGCGAAUAUCAGCGUGUGCGAGUGUGUGUGUGUGUGAGAUCACAUGAAGAUUGAGAGGCGACACUGGGAAACGUCCCUCCGUCACGCCUGACUCACACUCCGCUUUUUUUUUUUUUUUGGCUGUUAAAUCUCCAGAGUGCUGAUAACAGGUCAGCCGUUGAGAGAGGAACGAGAGGGAGGAGGGGUGUAAUGGGAGAGAGAGAGAGAGAGAUGGGAAAGAAAGAGGUAGAGCGAGGAAGUAAAAGAAUCAGGAUAUGAUCGUAGAGAGAGAAUAAGAAAGUGUGUGUGCUUGAGAAAAAAAAAAGGAGAUUGGUCUUCUUCAUGCUGGCUCACCCAUUGCGUGGGCGGCGCAUGGAGUGGAGAGGUCAAUGGGAUGCCGUGAUAGGCUAAUCUGCCAGGAAGGGAGGGUUAGGGCAGGCCUUUUGGGAGCAGCUCAUUGGCUGGACUCAUUUGCCCUGUGAAAUAAAAUCUCAUCGCGUCUUUGUUUUCAUUUUUUUUCAAACAUUUGAAGAUUGAUAGUGCGGGUAUUUGCUCUGAAAUAUCUUUGUGAGUGUGGAGACUUAUCUGCUUGCAUCUAUACAGUAACUCUGAGAGUGAGUAUGUAAGUGUGAGUGAGUGUGUGUGUGUGUGCGUUCUUGGUUCAUCCCAGUUCCCUUUGGGAGCAAAUGUGUGUGCACAAUGUUUCCAGAGCUGUGUGUGCUUGUCCUGCACUCAGACACAUGGAUGACAGAUGACCCAGUGGGAGACACCAGCCAUCCUGCCCAACCGGAAUCUAACCCCCCAAUCUCCACCUGCCCCCCUCCUUUGCCUACUAAAAAGUGCACACUUUGUUUACUUCCUCGGCAUUUUGCCAUAAAUCCUGGAUCCACCUCCUAUGUGGCGUUGCCCCCUUUUCCUCGGGUUACGGCUUUGUACACGAUCAUAAUAGCUGCGUCACAGUGAGUGUGUGUGAGUGUGUGCUAGAGAACAAACCAGCCGCAACCUGGCUGCAUGCAUGCCUGUCUAAGGAGGAGGAGGAGGAGGGGGGGGGGACUUACUGGACCAGAGGAAACCUAAAUCCUCAUAUAAAAAGGCCGUGCACUCAGCCCAGGCCGAGGGAGGGAGGGAGGGAGGGUGGAAGAGAGAGGGGGACAGAAACAGGCAGGGAGAGAGGGAGAGAGAGAAGGGAAAAAAGUUGAUUUCCUUUUUCAGCAGAGCCAUACAUCACAGGGCCUCCCAGCUGCAGUGUCACAAGCUGACAGAAUGACAUGUGUCAUUUAUCAAAGGGGCCAGGCGGGGGCCUUGGGAAACGUGCACCACAAAGCCUGAGAGAGUUCAUUCCAACGCUCAACCCUCCCUCCCUCCCUUCUUCCCUUCCCUCCCUUUCUCCCUCCCUCAUCUACUACUCCCUCAGCCCGCCCCCGCCGUUCACUCUCCUCCUCGUUUUCUCUCCUCUUCACCCCCCCCUCGCCGCCGCCGCCGACUACCUCCACCCUCCCUGCUCACUUUGCCUGGUGCCAAAAAAAAGGGCCCUGUAAUGUUUUCUGUCUUUGCUGUACUUACACACACCUACCUGAAUGUGUGUGCGUGCGUUUGUGUGUUUGUUAAUCUUCAUGGCUGGCACUUUGAGCGCAGGUACUUUCUAUACCUUAAAGCCAAUGUCAGACCAACUUUGAAGAAAAACGACAGGAAUAAAUUACGUUUGGAAGCGUUCAAACUAGCUACAAGCAAACAGAUCAACAACAUGUAGCCAUUCAUAAAAUUGUCAAACAAGAAUGUUACUUAAAUUUUGGACCCUUAUGUACAGAACCGUUUUCAGUUCAGUCUCUUAAUCUUGCAAUUUAGACUUUUAAAGUUUCCCUUUUGCUUCACUGUAAAAAGUUUGGUUGUGAUGUUGUUGAUGUGGCUAAAAAACAGUAUUUCCCUGCUGUUCCUUUGGCCUUGUUAUCACAUAGCUGCUAACUUCUACCCCAUAACAUGCUUUACUUACUAUGCUGUCAUUCAUUUCAUGUCCGAGUGGCCUGGAAACAUUUAUACGGUCACACACACAUACUCCAUACCUGCUACUGAAGACUUGUUUGACGGAGAGAUUACAGCUUUCGGGCCUACAGUCGGGGGUCUGCGGGGUCACAGCACUGAACGCUCAGGGCCCAUUUAAGAACGCAUUACGCUGCAGAACAGCUUGUACAUAAGGACGCCUGUUGUAACCGACGUGUCAGUUACAAUAGCAAGCUGUGUCAGUCUAGUCAUGGCAUGCCUAUCCACAACUUUCUGUGUUAACGUCUUACCUCACCGCGUGCACUCCAUCUCCAGCUUCCUCUCAUCCAUCAUCGGCUCACCUUUCAUCCCAACCCCUCAUCCACCCCCAUCAUCAGCCACAGCGAGGGUUAACUCCAUCGCAGCCACUUCCAGAAUCAAUAAACUAUCUCACCUGCGCUCCAGACCCUCCCUUUACCAUGUUGAAAUCAGACGUUGAGAGAGGCAUUAGCGGUAACACUGUAAUUUGAGUCUUUACGUGCGAUUGGUCGCAGGAAAAAGCCUGUGUCUCCUCACCUCGAACUAUUUUGUUUUAAAUACAUUGUCUUUAAAAAUACAUCUAAAAUAAAAUAGUAUAAUAGGGUAUAAAAGACGAGGAUACUCAAGGAAAUACUAUCACAUUGAGUCAAAUAUCAGAUAUUUCUCUCUGUGGGAAUUUCAUCUUAACUAACGACAAAGAAGAACCUCUUAUCUCUGUUGAUUUGGUCCUGUCUCUGCUGGUUUCCCACAAAAUAAUCUUACCCUGCUGUUUUUACUGGUCAAAUGUGUCACUUCUCAGAAAAUGUAAAACGGCUAUUUUGGAAAUUUCCUGCGUAUUGGUUUGACUGACCUCUAUCCUGAGGCAUCAGUUUCGGACAAUAAAAAAUGUCUUAAUGGAGUAGGACAUUUUCCAGAGUGACUCAUCUCCCAGUGGUUUUAAACAGGAAUUAGAUUUUCAACCAUUUGACUGGUCUGCAGAUUAUAAACACUCAGUCAGAUUAAGAUUUACACAACACAGUGAGCAAACAAUUUCAAAUGGGUUUACCCAGAGUGGCUAACAUUAGCAGAGCUAGCACCACCAGCCUUUGGUUUACUUGCUGGUUAAUAUCCACAUGCCUGUGCAGGAUAUGCGUUACUCUGGUGGAGUGGUUUUAUGCAAGCUUGACCAGACGCAGCCUGCACACAAACUCACCCUCUCUUGAUCAAACUUCUACCAGUUUGCGCUACAAGGUGCAACAGUAAGAUAGGGUGACCAUCUCUUUUUGGGGGGCUGUUCGGCCUUUUCCGGGGGAGUUUAUAAAACCCUUCAAAUGUUGUAGUGUGGACUCACGAAGUUAGGAGCACGUAAAAAACUCUCAACCCGACCUGAAAAACCCUCAAAAUUUUGCGUGUGACUCCGCCCAGCAUAGCAGUGUCCUCUUUUUGGGGAUUCAGAACACUGUCACCUUAAGUAAGAUGUUUAGUCAGUUUAACACACACACUCCUAAUGUGUAAACAGACUGUGUUGUCGUGAAUGGUUUGGUUUGCUAUGAAAGUUCAUUUAGGACGUUUCAUAAACAGUUAAAAACUCCUCACAUGAGCUUUAAAUCUAAAGGAAUUUUUCCAAAACUAAAAGAUGUGAUUGAAAGUGAUUUGAAUCUCUAUUUGAAUGUGUCAAAAAUUAUAAUUGAUGUCAAUAUACUUUGUGCAAAGAAGCAAAGUUUUCGUACAUGCCAGGGAUUUCAAAUAUAUGAAAUUUACUAAACAGAGUAAAACAUCUACUUAACACACUGAGACCCACCAGGUAAGUGCAGAUCAGACAGAAUGAGAAGCAGCAGAAAAACUUUGGGUGGAAUUCUCUGUUUAAUAAUUAAAGAUCCAACUCAGUGUAAGCAGACAGAGAGAGCGAGAGAGUGACUGAGGGGGAGUAGAGAAGGAGCGAGGUAGUGGGGGAACCUCCUGAUAGUAUAAUGUUUCCUUGCUUUGUCCGCGGGGGUUAAAAGACGUGGUACAUCAUUAAGAGGAAUAUUCAGUGGCGGUGUCACUGAGGGGUGACCCUGCUAACAGGUCAGGGAUAGUUCACUCUCAGCUCGCUAAAUACUACCCAGCCCCCUUUCCCCUACACCCACACUCAUAGGUAUGAGAGUUCAGUCACACAGUGGCCAUUUUGACAUCCAUCUUGCCUUUUAUGUGCUGCAAAAAAAAAAAAGGGAUUUGAAGAGGAUGAGCUUUUUACUAAUGCUGUUAUAAAUCUGGAAGAAAACAAGACUGUGAUAUUUGCACAGUUUUGCUACUCUUUUAAAGGAUAUUUUGGCAUCUAAGCUUGUGUUGAUGCUAAAUCCACAUGUGUAUUCAACAACUUCUGUGUUUAUAAGGAGAUCAAGAGCGAGAAAAGUAGCUUUGAGAUGUGGGGAAGCUCGGCGUUAUCCCUGUUACAUGAUUACAUCAAUGAGCGUCCUCUAUCUCGUCUCCCCCUCUGCUGUUCAGCCUCUUCCUCUCCUGUCUUUGUCUUUUCACCUCCUUGUGUGUGUGUGUGUGUGUGUGAGCCUCUUUUCAUUCAUCUUCAUAAGCCUCAUUUAUUUUUUGCAGCCAGAUGUGAGCUGACAGACAUCACUCAGUUUGCUCCCCCCCCUUCAAGCCGCCCUCUCUCUCCAUCGGCACCCUCGAGCCCCUCCAUCCCCACACCCCACCUCGCACUCGCGCUAGGAGGUCAGGCGAGCACCCCCAACCCCUCCCACCACCAGCAUCAGCAUUACAGAAGAUGGAUGUGUCUUUAAAGCAGAGAUUGAUUGUGGAUAUCAGAGUUAUGGCGCCAUUCAUCACGGCUGAUAUUAUUCAGACGAGCCGGAUUGAACAAGGAGGUGGGACUCCUGAGCCCAUGGGUGGGUUCUGGGUGGGGAGGUAGGGUGGGGGGAGCAGGAUGGAGGAAGUUUAAUAGAUUGUAGAUGAGAGUGUGUGUCACUUUGCUGUGUGUUUAUGCUCAUGUACGUGCUUGUACCUCAGUAAGUCGGCCUCUCACGGGAAUUGUGGCAUGUGUCUGAGUGUUUCUCGUCUUUAUUCUUGUGUUUGUGUGUGUUUGUGUGUGUGUGGGUGUGUGUGUGUGUGCGUGUCGCUGUCUGCAUUGAUCUCCAGUGAUGUGAUCCUCCUCCAGAGUCUGUUCUCAUCGGACUCUGAUUUACGGCUUCAUUAGGAUCCCCAAACCACCUCCUUUUUCCUUUUUGUCUCCCUCUUUUGGGCCAGGUCACUCUUGAAGACGCUCACACGCACACAAACACACCCGCACACAAAAACACACACACACUCUGUUUUGGGAUUGCUGCGAAACCAAAAGACUUUUCAUCCCCAACACUUUGUAUAGUUUGUUUCUCUUCUGUGUUUGUCAUCUUUCUGAAUAAUCUCUUAUUAUUCACCGAGGCUCAGCACCUCAUUGUGCCCCAAGAGCUGAAGUGCUGUGGCGGUUUUGGAAGGUGCUCCUGCGCCACCCCCCCCUCAACCCAGCCCCCCCAAAAGGCAGCCCCCGCUCCACUGAAAAGAGCCCUCAUUGUGUGUGCCGUCUUUUAUGGCGCUGUCUGAAAGAGAGGGAUGCACUCCAGUCGGCAUUCAAAUGCACGUGGUAAAGCAGCCAGCCGAGCAGGACAAACACCACAGGUUGUAAACGCUUUGAAAAGGAGAGAGUGUGUAGAAGUGUGUGUGUAUAUGUGUAGACGUGUGAAUGUGAAUGUGCACAGACUCUUGACUGAAAGGUUUUCUCUCCCUUUACCUCCACUUUUUCUCUCCUGUGAUACAGUUCGCCACUUACUUUCCUCCUUUUUUAUUCCGUCUACCUGUCUCUGUAGUCGCCUGGAAUGACUUUGCUCAUCUUCCUCUUCCUCCACUCAGAAAAGAACCUCAAAGUUUUACUGCUCGUGUUUUUAAAAUCCCUCCCCUCCUUCCUCCCCUUCUACCAUUAUCAGGAGUCAAGUCAUGCAGAAAUGUAAAAAAUAAGAAGGUAAUCACACUUUGUGCUGGUGCUUUUGUCGUCAGCCCGUGAUGGAAAUGGGUCUAAAUAUGAGAUUAGAACCUGCCGCUGACUGAUGCUAUUAGGCAGAUAUGCCAUAGACUUUACUAUCUCCCAUGAAGGAUUAGCGCAAAUUAUACUGGGAGACAGGCUUGAUUUCUCCUCUGCCUGGCUGGAUGUGGGCAUUUGAGGCACUCUAAGUUGACAGCGUCUGUCUCUGCUUAGUUCUCCGAGACAGGUUGUGUGACAGCUGAUGCCAGGCGAGGGCUUAAAAAGUGUGUAUGUGUGGGUGUCUAUUUGUGUGUUGGACCACGUUUGGUCUGUGUGUGUGUGUGUGUGAGAGAGAGAGUAGGAGAGUUAUAAACUGACAGGCGAGUGUGUUUGAAUGUGAUUGCACGUCAAUGGCGUUUUUUUUUUUUUCUCUUUUUUUUCAGGAAACAGGUUCUCUUUGAGGAAGGUGACAAUUGGGAAAGGCUAAUUUUAAGCUCAGUGGCUUCCUCUUUAAUUCUACACACUCUUAUCUAGUUUUUAAAUAAAUAAUUAAACUGUCUGCGAGACUGUCCAGGUGACGCUGUUUUGUACCUAUGAAUAAGUAAAAAAGCCGGUGAGACAGCUGACCAGGUGCAGGAUUUCAGUGUUUAAACACAUCUGAAGAAAAAAACGCUGAUAAAACACAACCUGGAUAAGAAAACACAGACGUGUAUCCUCGACUUUAUUGCUGCACUUUGCUUCAGGAAGGUCCGUCCUAACAGGAAACUGAUGCCAUCAAUCAUGAAGUGAGUAAUCUCAAAGUUUGAUGUUGAUACAACUGCAGGAAGGUGGCCGAGCUCUAUGUUCACCUCUCAGGAAUGUGGGGAACAUGCAAAUACUCCCGGUUUUAGCCCUGCUGUCUCCUCUGGGCCUGCUGAUUUAGGAGGGUGACAUGUCCUUUAAUGUUGGGCAAUAAACUGGAGGGGUAGAUUUAUAGGCCUAAGCCUCGUCUCCCCCCCCAAUGUGUCCGUCCAUUGGCUCCUAUGAAGACAAUAAAUGCUCCGUCUAUAACGUGUCUACCUAAGGUGUUUGCAAAGCUACAGUUGGAGCUUUGAAAUAGCUUAUGCUUGGCCCAGAAAAAGCUUUUUUUACUUGGUAGCACUCGUGGAUCCUCAUUCAGAAGUUUGGAGCACCAACAAAACUAUUCUAUAUACUAUAAAUCAUCUCCACAAGCAACUUCAGGAGCUUCCAUCUUGUAAGGCCUACAAAAGAAACCACUUAAAAUUUCCUUCAGUUCUAGGUUCUGAUUCUAAGUUAGUUAAUUCUGUCUCAUGUGAUGAUGAAGCACAACCAAAAGGAGUGGAGGGGUGGGAAUCACUAGUGGCCCCACAAUAUGAUAUUAUCAUGAUAUUUGGGCCACAGUACGAUAUUACUGCGUUUUUGAACAUUUUGCAAUAUUACGAUACCAUAUGUUGCGUUUUAUACAAUUUUUUUCAACUGUUUAGCUAUAUUAGCAUUUGCCUUUCCUUUAUGUUUGUCUUGUUUACACAGUAUUUGAUUUUAAUGUAGCACAUAUGUGUCAGGUCCACCUCAUUGUGCCCUGCUUGCAUUCCCCGUGUCUUUCUCCAGGUGCUGCUAUAUUUGUUGUACUAACUUUCUCCUGAUCUAUGAUGUCCCGUCUGCCAUCCUCACUGUAAAAACAGUUGAUUCUAUUUUUCCAGUAUCCAGUAUUGAUUUCAUAUUAGCAAUUAUUUAAUAAAGUCAAUACUGGAUACGUUAUAUCACCAGACAAAAUAUCCUGAUAUCAUGCUGUAUCGAUUUUUUUUCCCACUCUUAAAAGAGUAAUUGAAGGCUAAUAUUGAAGAACCUAAAACCACAGAUGCCUGGGUUAGGGUUCAUCAGGGUUUGCCUGGAAGCACCGCUGACAUAACUGAUAGUUGGGCACACUGUAGUCAUGUGUGUGGAGGCUUAAGGAUCGCCCCUUGGUACGUUGACUGAAAGUUGACUUGACUCAGCCAAUAUGGUGACUACCACCAACUGGCUUCAACGCCCUGCUUCAGAAACAAAUAGGUGACGACACCAACACUACGUCCUACCAUACAGUCUGUGAUCUGAACACUGCUCCUACUAAUCAAUCACAGGCCACUGUAUCAGCAGACAUUUUAUAGCUGAAUUUUCACCACAACACUUAGUAUUUUAUUACUUUCCCAUAUUUUCCAGACUAAAUUUUGGGAAGCAUAUGGAACCAAGAUGCUUUCAAUUCCAAUUUUUCUUUUGGUUCAUACCUCAAAGCUUUGUCAUAGCCACACAGAAGUUUGAUGGGAAGGAAUUCCUCAAGUCAACUUCAGUUUAAGAAAUGUUGUGGUCCUGGCCAACUUCAGCAGGCUAUUGUCAUUCUGGGUUAAACCUUUUCUGCAUGUAUUCAGGCACCUUAAAGAACAAAGAUAUUUCCUGCCCUUUUUUUCCCCUGACAAAUGAAGGAAAUCAACGUCAUUGUGAUUUCUGCUGGUGGGUUUCACUUCUCUUGGAAUUUGUACUUGAAACACACAAAAACGCACAACAGUUCUCCUCCUGCAUAUUUAAAAACUGGCAGACCUCCUUUUGAUUCAUCUCAUCCUUACAAACCCCGACCCUCAGAUUUCUGCUCAGUCCUCCCACUCGCCCUCCUCCUCCUCUUCCUCUCUGCUCUCUUCCUCCUCCCUACUCUGCGAGCUAGGAUGCACAGUGGUGCGCCGCUAUGUCAGCAGGAUUGAAACAGGUCAGAGUGUAGAGUGACUCAAAUAGGUGUAGCAUCAGACUGAUAUAUACAGUACUGUACGCUUCCUGAUAUUGGCUUUUUGUUGGAUUGAGGCCAGAGAAGACUGCCCACCUCUUGUAUGAUGUAGCCAAGAUCGACUAUAGCAGGUGAAUAUAGUGUUAGUUUUGUUUUUAUUUCAGGUGGCUGACCAGAAAAUGCUCUUCAGUGAAAUGUAGGAGGAUUUACUCACCAACAUAUGUCUUUAAAAAUCAGUAAAUACAAGUUUCAUAGCAGGAUUCAAAAGCCGUUUGAUCAAUAAUAAUGCUGCUUAUUUGGCAUUUGAGAGGCUUUUGGGAUUGCCUGGGGAUGAAAUGCCAUUACACAGCGACAUGGAUAAGAUUAAUACAACAUUUCACAAGUCAUAUCUGUACAAGUAUCAGUUUCUAAAGGUAUCCUUAUCGGUCUCCUCUGCACAGGAUGCUCUAAAUCAGUCUCAUCCUCUCCCCAACACAGUUUGACUGAUCUGUCCGAGGCCUAGUUUGCUGCUGCCAGCAUGGGACUGGAUGUUCGUUUCUCUAUUUAUUUCCAUGGCUUGUGCGUUUUUCCCCAUAUAAAGACAGUCUAUGUCCGACAGUGUCACAGAGUGAUGGAUUGCAUAGUCUUCUUCUCUCAGGAAGAGUAAAGAAGGGGGAAGGUGGGAAGGAAAGAAGGAAAGAAUGAGUGAGAGAGGGGAGGAAGCGGAGUGGUGCGGUGCAGCAGUGAAGGACAUGGCAGCUUAGCGCUGGCCAAAAAGACUGUGCUGAACACCUGCUCCUGUCUCCAACGCCCCUUCAACCUCCUCAUUACCUGUCAAUCUAUCACAAGGCAGCCAGAUCAAAUGUCUGCAGCAGCCAGGACUCGCACAGGGAGGGAAGGGAGGGGGAGGAGAGGGGGGGAGAAAGCGGGGAAAGAGAAGGACAGAUUGCAUGUCUGGGAGUGCAGAAAAUGAAGGGGAAGUAAAUGAAACAGCUGCGUGUGCAUAUCGGAGAUCUGUUGAUAAUUUGGAGCAAACUUUGUGCAGAGUGCAAUUACUUUUAAAACUUCUGGAGGGAGUUUGUUUUGUUGCUAAAUUAAUCCCAGUCAGGUAUAACUUUACCAAAAAAUGUGGAUAGAGUUAAAAGUUAUGGGUUACUUAUCUGAAUUUAAUUUAGCAUCAGGAAUAAAAUCCUAAACUAAAAUGAGAAGAGCUUCACUGUAGUUGUAGAAAGAGGUCAUUAUACUGACAAAAGAACUUUUUAAUUUGAACACGAACCUUUACAUAUCAGCUUUCCAGAGUGUCUGUUCCUGCACAGCAGUGUUUAGACCCGCCCUACAGCACCGUUUGGCCUUUGAUUGGCGCCUCUGUGUAAAAGAGGUGAAUCAGUGACAGACAAGCCCCUCUGUGGGGAGGCGGGGCCUGUAGUUUCAGAUUACAGCCACAAUGCUGCCAAUGUGUACCUCUGUGUGUGUGUGUAUGUGUCUGUGUGUGAGUGUGUGGCAAUAGAAAAACAAUAUACUCACAUUUGUAUAUAUGCAGAUGUGUCUUUCUAAGAGUGUCCCUGCAUAGAUUGUCGCUCCUCACGUUGUCAGGCAUGAUUUCAGAUUGUGCUCAUCGUGUGUGUCGUCUGCAUGUGUACAUGGUUUGUGUUCUUUAAAAAGGCAGAUAAAUUUGAGCUCAUCAAGGUGCAUUAGCGCACACAUGACCAGCCCCGGCCCUCUAUUUCUGAUCCCUUUCACUCCCUACUGCCUCUCCCUCUCUUUUUUCUCUCCCAGUCUUUCUCAAGCUCUCUCGCCCUUCUCUCUCUCUUUUAGUGUGUGAGCUGUGGUGAUUUACGGUAAUUAUCCAUCGUUGGGUCAUCUAUCAGGCCGGCCGUUGCUAGGAGAUGGAAGCAGCUGCUGCUGGCUGUUGUCUUGUCAGGGAUAGUGCAUGUGUGUGUGUUUGUGCGUGUUUGUACACACUUGUGUGUAUGUGUGCGUGUUGGUGGGAUUUGGGUGAGGGUGCUUUGCAUGUGUUUGUGUGUUUGCUCUUGUGCGUCUGCUCAUUGGUGAUGUGUGUGUCCAGGUGAAGUGGUCCAUCCUGAUGUAGGGAUUUAAAAGCGCAGGUGUUGUAGCGGAGAGAAAGAAGCAAAGGAGUCGAUGGAUGAAGGGAGGGAUUAUGGGCGGGAGAGGGGCUUAGGUGAGGGUGGGGUCAGAGGUUGAAGGAGGCCAGGUGGGAUUUGUGUGUGUCUAUGUGUGUGUCAAGGGGUUGGGCAGUUUCAGGAGCACAGGUGUGUAUGUGUUAGUGUGUUUGAGUUUGUAUGUGUGUGUGUGUGUGUGUGUGCAUGUGAGUGUGUGAUGGACAGGGGAGCUGGAUGAUAAAUUUAUCCCAGCAGAUGGAAGUUGGAAGAAGUCGGGCCUUGGGGAGUAGUUUUAGUGGCUGUGAAAAUUGCAAGAUUGAGUAUGUGCGCAUGUGCGUGUGUGAGAGAGAGAAUCGAGGGGUGGGGGGCUGGGGGGGGUCUUUCUAUUUCCAUUGGCAGGUGAUCGACACACAGAUGGGUACUGGUUUAGGUCCCUGCUGUGGGGCCUAUUUCUUCUCAUUUUUCCGUCGUAAAGCACGGUAACCUAUUGUGUCAUAGACGUUUCAAGUUACACGCUCCACGGACGCCACUAAUGUUAGAGAAAACAUGAAUGCGCCGACCCCCACUGCCCCCCACAAACACACACACUUACAAGCAUUGAAAGGUCAACCUUUAACACUAUACUGUCGUCUUAACACUGCGAUCAGCCAACACACAAGAGGGAAUUUUCAAAGUAAGUGCAGGAACAUUAUCAUCACAGCUGACAUGGAGCUUUGAGAUUGUCGAGUGUUUACUGCGGCUGUUAUAUAAGCCUCAGAGCCAGAACUUGGAGAACAUUUUAAUAAUAUUUACAGUCUACUAGCUAUUACCACAGGUGUCUAUUGACAUAAAAAGUACUUUAUAAUAAGUUAAAAAUAAACAAACAUGACAUAUUGAAUAACUACCGCACUGUGCCAAAACCCCAGGAAUCCAGGGUGUUUUUUUCUUACAAGGAUCUGAAUCAUAUCUUGAGCUGAUAGGAGAAUUAUUUUUAUGCCUGAUAACAAGACAGAUACUGAACAGAAUAUCCCUCAUACAAAUAUAGUACUGGUUCCCAACCUAGGGUACGGGACACUCUAGAGGGGCGCAAGAGAUCUCAAGGGGGCGCAAAGCUCCAUCUGUUCUGAGGUUAUCAAAAUUCAAAUUGCACAUACUAACUAAACACACUGUAAUAUGGUUAUUGAAUAUUAAGAAUAGUUCUGUCUGUGGAUGAAAGUGUUAAAACUAGAGCUUUUUCUCACCUCUUCCAGUAAGAACAUUAAAAUUAAUCUUUAUUAAUUCACAGGAAUACAGAACUUUUUUUUUUCAGUAAGGCCUCUGAGAGGGGGCUCUGCCUUUCUGUGGAUAAACUAGUGCAUUGUAAUGUGCUCAGAUGUGUCAUAUGUUAAUAACACAGUUAAUUAAAAAUCCAAAUAAGACCCUAUGCCAUAUAUAAAAAUACAGUAUGUGGAGUAUAAAGCAUAAAAACACUGGUAAUAAGUAUUAAAGUAGUCCAAAUCCAGAAACCAGAUAUCCAGAUAUGACAUUUUAUAAUAUUGUUGUCAGACCAUAUCCGCUAUGGAUCUGAUCAGAUAUGAGUCACACUUAAAAUAUCAAAGCAAAAGCAUCCACAGAGUCUGAUUUUUUUAUGUAGUUGUUUUCUUAGGGUGAUCAAUUAAACAAAUCUCAUAAGUGAAGCUAUUUGCAAAAUUGAUGGUAAUGCUAACAGUAAAAUAAUUAAUGUUGCUAACUCAAUGUACAAUUAAGAAAUCCAAAACUUUAGGAUGGUCUCAACAAGGCUGCUGAUAGAGGAGCCGGGGCAAGUUUACGGAGCUUUUCUUUUCUUAACCUGCAGAUGUGUAAAGACAGCUGGAUUUAAGCCACACGUCCAUAUGAGCCGCCGUAACUGUAAAUACAGCCUCCACUCUCAGCUCUCCAUACUGGUCUAAUUAGCGCCAGUUAGCGUUUGUCAUUGCGUUUAGGGGUGAAGAUUAGGAACACCUCUCAAUUAAUCUGCAAUCAGCCUGUUUGUUAAUUAGCUAACCUGUUCUAAGUGGCCUUCAGGGCUCUUGUGUAAUUAGCUAAGCUGCUGGGAAGCAGGUCUGUGUGUUGACAUUGACCUAAAGCACACACACACACACACACACACACACACACACACACACACACGAUACAUGGGCGCACACGCACACACUCAAGCGGUUAUAUACUGUAAAAGACACACAGAUGUCUCCAGUCAUGGUCAAGAGGGACAAGAACCCCUGGCUCUCUGUAAAUUACGUACAGAAACAAACGCACCUCCUGUGCCUGUUUGCUCAGACAAAACAAAGGCUUUAACACACACACAUACGCACACAAAUACACACUUCGUUACAUACUUUAUAGUUGUCGCGAGUGUGCCCUGCUCAUCCAAAUAUACAUAUUUGCACAUCGUCACGCUCGCAGCGAUACACUUCCGUUGAUUAUUCCUCCCUUCACUCUCGACAAACCUGCAUCCCUCAAAAGCAUUCUUGGAAAAGGCGGGAGGGAAAAGAAAAACACAUACUGUACUCCCCGUGCACGUAAAAAAAAAAAAAAAACUCUUUUGAACAUUUCAUCCUUUUCAAGUGCAACAACAUCCCAACCAAAACGAACAGCUUCUCCAUUGCUGUGUCGAAGCCCUUUUUUUUCUUGCUCACUUCAAAGCCAUUUGUUUACUCUGCUGCCUCCUGACAUUGUCUGUGGUAAUUAAAGGAGCACGCUGAAAUUUAUGGUUUAAUUAUACAGGCCUUGUUAUGCAGAGAAGACCAGGAUGGGCUGAUAUGCUCAAUAAAAAUAAAUAAAUUCCAUACGGGGGUUUAUUGAACCCGCGUUUGCACGGAGGGCGCAGUUGUUCCAGCCACUCAGGUGUGUGUAUGUGUCAUUGUGUUUAUGUGUAUGCAUAUGUGUGUAUAUUUAUUUAUGUAUUGCCUCACAGGACAGCAGCAGAAGCAGCAGCUCAAUGCAGAGUGUGAGUGGGUGAGAAUGAAAUUGAAAAAAAAAAAAAAAAAAAGCCAGAUGAAUUGCAAUCGAUUGGCGCUGGUUCACUGUAUUGAUCCCCCAGCAUGUUAAAGGCUGCUGUACUCCAUGAAGAACACUCAGUCAGUCACUGUGCCCCCUCCAACCCCCCAAACCCCCCUCGCCCUCAUCCACCUCUUCACAAACUAACACACGGCUGCAUAUACUGUAAAUGUCUCUCUGUGUUGUAACUGCGUGCGUGUGUGAAGAGUGAAUACGAUAGUGCGAGCAGCCCCAGCUCUGGUUCGAGUGUGUGUGUAUGUGUGUGCGUGUGUUUGGUUUUGUGCGUGCACAGUAAUGGAGAGUGAUCUUGGCUGUGGCCCACGAGCUGCUUCUCUGAACUGAUCUUUGAGUUGGGUAUAAAUAGCGCUUGCUCUAUAAAUAAAACAGCAGCACCUUUCACACUCUCUCUCUCCCUCACUUACCCACACACACACACAAAUAUAUAAACACACACAUUUAAACCUGCCUACAUUACUCUUGGAUCUUACACCUGCUUGUACACUUUGAUGCUUUGCAUCAUAUGCAAAAACAGCAACUAUCCCUCCAGUAAGUACACAGAUCAUUGUGUGGAGGUCAGACAGAAGGAUGUUUGUGGGACAUAUUGAUUUAUGAACAUGAGAGCGUGGCCUUUACCAGCUUAGCACUGGUUACCUGCUUGACCUCUGAACCCUCUGUACCUUUCAAAACAAUAAUCCAGUUAGAUUAAUUUUUGAUUACAGAAAAGCACACAUAUUUGGGUGUUUUUUCUGAUCUGGUGUGAACAAGCACAGAUAACAAUAGUCUCUUUUAGUGUGGUGGGUUUUGAUCAAGAAAAUGGCAGUAAAUUCACUUGGCUAGAGCCACUUGGCUGAAGCAAUAGACAACCAGCACAGGCAUGUGGACAUUAACCUGCAAGAAGAGAGACAGAGGAGGUGCUAGCUCUGCUAAUGUUCAUCACACUUGGUAAAUCCAUUUCACAUUGUAAACCUGCAGACUCUGUGAUCAAGUGUUUAGCCAUGUUUAACAAACAAAGCUCAACUUUACUGUUCUGUGAGCAUUUUCUCAGCUUUAGACUUUAGAAAUUUUCAUUUCAAUGACUUGGAAAUUACAAAAUUACCAAAAAAAAAAAAAAAAAGGAGUUGCUUCAGGACUUCCCCAAUCAGGACAUUUUUUGUUUUUUGUGCUUUAUUUAUGCUAAAACAUCUGCACUUUUAGUUUUCAUAGUCAUUAAAUCUCGAUCUGAUUUAACACCUAUUUUACCUAUAUUUCUGUCAGUUUAUGCGUAUUUUCUCUGAUAUCAUGUCAGGGCAGUGAUUUGUAGGAGCUGCCCAAAGUCUGUUGUUCCUAGUGGGAUACACAAGUAUGUUUAUUGAUCAAAUGACUGAGUCCUGGAGAAAAACACUUAUAAGAUUAUAUUGCAAGAAAUGCACCAUCAGAGAUGCAUAUUUCAAAGAUCCAAAUAUGAUCAAAAGGUGAUAAAUUAGGAAUUAUUUAUGGCAUGGAUUAAGUGUGCAGUUGCCAUUUUUCAUUGGUAUCCAACCUUUAGAGAGAAAGGCUGGCAGCCAAGCCAACAUUGCCAACCUGCUUGCAGAGCAAAACCCAGCAGCAAACUGCUCUCUAACAGAUCAGUGCGAUGCUUUUACAUAAUGCUACCGGCCUGCUGUAAAUCAACAUGACUUGAAGUGUUUGCAUGGAGUCACCAGCGCAAACGAUCAGCGGAAAAGGCUGCCGGUUGACUCACUGAAUAUCUGCCAAUAAUACAGAAUUUCAGUGCUAAUCCUGUUUGCACAGCACUUAUUCACAUUCACACCAUCUUCUACGUCAGUCCAUUAUGUAGCUACGUGUCUGAAGAACAACAUGUCCCAUCCGCCACUGUCUGCAGAGCUCGACUCAGGCUGGAAGUGUUUUGAAAUGGGGUGUAGAGGGGGGGUUGAGAGAUAAAUUGGUACAGCGAGCUGGAAUGCUGCAGCAGUUAUUUAAGGCCCUGUAGGUGCUGCCUAGGCCAUAUGCUCCCAUUAUUCCGCUUGGGAGGGGCCCAUGUGGGCAUGAGAGCAGGGCUGGAGAAAGGAAGAGGAGGGAGAAGAGGAAGAGGAGGGUGGGAGAAAAGAGAAAAAGAGGAGAGCAAGGUAGCUGAGGAAUUAUUUUAAGGAGAGCCCCCCUAUCAGGCGUAGGAGGAAUUUUAAGAUCGGGAUACCGGGAGAAGCCUAAGACGAGAUGAGAACGAAUUAGCUCCUAAAGUAAAUGAUCGCCUUCACCCUCAAUAUCCGGCUCCCUUACCGUCAUCUUUGCAUAAUUCAUCUCGUCAAAUUUUGAGGUGUGACAGAGUAUAAUUCACGAACUCCUGAACUUUUUCAGGUUGAUAGCUUUUCUUAGGUUGGGGCUUCUCAAUCACUCUCUUAUCAGAGCUGCACUUACUGCGGUUCAGCGUGACACAUCUCAACACUGUCUUCAUUUCUUGUAACUUUAUGAUCUCUGACAAAUUAAAGAUAGAGCCCCACGCUGUAACACAGCUCAAAGAUUUCUAAAAUACUCAUGUGACAACUACAGAGUACUAUGGAUUCCCAAAUUCUUAUUUUGUCAGCUGUAAUGGGUUGAGUUUCUCCUGCGGAUAGCUAAAUAUUUAUCUGUUAAGAAAACAAGGCCCAGAUGCAGCUUUGUGUUAUCUUCAUAUCUCUUUCUCUCGCUCGUGCUCCCCUCUCCCUCUCUCUUUCUUCUCCCUAUCUGUACCGUCGCUUGUCAAACUGAGGCCUGUGUUCCUGAUCAGGGCAUUGCUCUCAUGUUAGCCGCUUCACGGGAAGCACAUCCCAGCAUUCCCUCUGACACGCCGGCAGCAGCAUUACCAUAAUUGGCUUUUCUACAUGACGGGACAGAGGAAAUAAUAAUGUCAUUUUAUUUACAGCCCUCUUGUCCCGGUCCGAGAGCUAUCACCCCCUCCCCACCCUCCUCCUCCUCCUCCUUCCAUCCUCCCUCCUCACCGCUUGCUCUCUCUUUCUCCUUUCUGCACACACACUGACGUAAAAACCCCCGCCUCCCCCCCACAGUCUCCUCUAUCUCAUCUCCGUCUCUCUCUCUCUCCGUGAGCAGGGCGCGAGUCUCGUUCUGCCACGGCGUGUAGGUCAAGCGAUGGCUUUUUGAUCAGCUCCUGUCCAAAGCCAUCAGGGUUGAGAGGCACGUAAUGGAGAGCAGGGUGACAAACAGAAUCUGGGGAAGGAAUAAGACUGCCAGUUUCCUAUUAGGACCCGGCCUAAACGGCCUAUGCCCCCCCCCCCAACCCCCCAUCAACUACCCCCCCACCAUUCUCUGCCAUGAGCCCACUCCUGCACUGCCUAAAUCACAUGAGUGAAGGGGCCCGUGAUUGGACAUUAGUGCCGCAAAUGACUGCUGUGAUUGCCCCCUCUUCCCAAACUCACAUCAAAUAAAUAAAGAAAUGUGUGUAAAUAAAUAGAAAGAGGGGUGUUGGAGAAAUGGGGCUGGUGGUGGUGGUGGAGGCGGUGGUGGUGAUGAGGGGGGGAGGCUGACUGGUUUCAUCCCCUUCUUUUCUCUCUCUCUCUCUCUUUCGUUUCAUCGCCUUUCUGCCUUUCUUAUCUGGUUUGUUUGGCUUUGACAGCGGCCAAAUGGUGAAGCUCCGCGAGCCUGACAGAGAGUUUUAUUGAUUUAACAACCAGCAGACUCUCAGAAAAGAAAAGGGAGAAGGCGAAAAAAAAAAAAAAAUAUGGGCAGGGUGGGGAAAGAUAGCAAAGUUUUGAAGAGGAGUGAUAUGUUUCUGCUGCACUCCUUGCCAAAACGCUGACGUGUCCGCUGGUUGUAUUUCAUUAGGUAUCAUUUACGAAAAAUCAUGUCAUGAUCGGCGGCAGGCUGUGUGUGAGGGAGGAUAUUUUCGAGAUGAUCUGUACGUAGGUCAGUCAUGUUGUCCCUCUGUGAGGCCCUGUGUUGCGCUGAGGCAGGAUAGAGGGCGUUCACCCGUCCUAUCAUCAGAAAAACAUCAUAUAAAACUGUGUUUUCUGCAAAACGGGACUUAGCUCACAGUCAGCUCUGGUGUGGUCUCUGAGAAGAAGAGUUCAGCGCUCAAUCCCGACCACGGAUUGUUUAUGGGAACUCUAGAAUGAAGCAAACCAUUCGUACAAGUCAUGUCAGAAUAAAUCAGAGUAAUCAGAGGUGUGUCGUAGGUUUGCAUGUGAGCUCUCAUUUAGGAAUAAUAAAAAUACAUAAAGAUGCAUGAGAACAAAACACCCACUUGGGCCUUUAUCUCUAAUUAGAUAUGAGUCUGUCUCCCAAACAAUCUUUGUCACAUGAGACACUAAAACCUUUGAUAACACCUGUUUUACAGCGUCAUAAAGAGUGUGUGUGCGUGUGUGUCAAUCCGUUUUAGCAUUAUGCAUUUUUAAAAAGGCUCUUUAUAACAUCUAAAGGGGAUCCUGCGAACCCUUUAGGUGCUAAACACGUUUAAGAUCCUUUUUAUUAAGACUGAAAUAACCAUAUGCGUAGGUAUUGGGAGAUACACUUGGAUGACUAAUUCUUGCUGCUGUGGUGUGUAUGUCGUCGGUGAUCUGGCGUGGCUGGUGGCGGGCUUGAUCGCUGCAGCUUCUGACAGUGAGUCUGCAGUGCUAUCCUGGCCACGCUGCCGCCUGUCUCCUUGAUGGCGGCACGUCCCCGAGCAAAAGUGACAGGCGCUUUGGCGCUCGUGCAGAUGGCCCUGCUCACAGCCAUCACCCACUCGGCAAACCAAACCGCCAGGGACGGCACGCCAGCCCUGCCCCUUCCCGAGCCUGCCCCCUCCUCCCCACUGCCGGUGUUGAUCUGCAUAUGUGCGUCCAGGACGAGAGCUGGAGCCUAAUCUGGUCUUCAGUCACAAUCACACGUCUUCAAACUGCACUGAUUGGACAGAUAGAGCUGAUUUGUAUCUCUUGAUACCCCUCAGUCUUAGUGCUUUGGAUUUUAGCAUCCUGUCAGAAUGAAUGCCUCAUCUCAAAAUAGAUGGAGGGAUCAUUUAUUUCAGACAGACGUUAGCCACGUUUCAUCACUAAUAUUUCACAUUUAUGGUUUGCGAAAACCGUCCACUUGCUGCCUGUGAUUUUUACAGAUGUCUGUCUCUGCCAGUCUUUUGUCUGUGUGCUUUUGAUAUCUCCCUCUUUGUUGUUUCCAUGACAACAUGGCAGGACAGGCAUUGAUUGACAGGGAUCGUCAAAGGGUUCCCUGGCGACCUGCUCAUUGUUCGAAGCCCCUCCCUGCUGCAGUCUGUGUUUUGUCACUCACCCAGGGAUAUUUCUGAUCUGCUGCUUCUCAUUCCUGCCGUCUAUGUGUGUGUGUGAGUGUGAGUGUGUGAGUUUGUGUGUGUGUGUGUGUGUCUUCAGCACUGCCAAUUAUUGGGGUUUAGCUAUUUUUUUGGCUGCAGCAGAUGAGAGUGACUCACAUAGGUAAUUCCUACUGUAUGUUUGCCCUGUGUGUGUGGGGGCUUGUAAAAAAAAAAAAAAAGGAUAGCCUUGUUGCUGGAUGCUUUGUAUAUUAAAUGGCUGAUAUGUAUUGAUAGCCUCCUGUUCUGAAAGCGGGUUAGCCAAGGGGAAGGCACUGUAACAGAAGACACUCUGCAGAUGUGUUGUAGAGUGUACAGCACAUAAUGCUAAUCUGCUGUGUUAGGGAUUUUCAGGAGUUUUAGAAACUGUCUCGGUCUCAGUCUGUCAGUGGGAUUGAAGCGCAGCCAGGUUCUCCUGUAGUGCUCUCAUUUCACUGAAAUCCUGUCAAGCGUUAGGGGAGUAUGUUGCUCAUUUGGAGAAGGGUGUAUCAGUAGCACACAGCGAACUCAGACUUAUAGGCAAUAUUAUGGUCGGUGGGUUCGGGUUUGCACCGAACGAGCAGGCAUGUAGGAGCUGCAGAGUGUGUAAAGUACGCACAUAGGCACGGAAAGGUGAGCAUGCGGACAAACAUGCAUUCGCAAACAGGCACUUACCGAGGCACUCACUCGCACACGCGUGCACAUCAUCGCACAGUCACAGUCGACGGUGCAGCUGCUCACCUCCCCCACCUCCUCCACCCAUCUCCUCUCAGGCAGCAGUAAAUGGUGCCAGUGUAUAUAUAUCAGGUAUUAUGUCCACUUAGAUUAUGAUAUGACAGGUUAGCGUGCCGUUUGAAGCUGACAGCACAUCUGUUUCAUCAGGAGAGACUGAUACUGGCAUCUAGGACACACAUCUCACCAUGCAGGAAGGAGAUAAAGGAAGAAGCUAGGGGGCCGUCUUUCCUGUCUCCCUCACCCCCUCUCUCCCUCGUCUUUCUCCCUUUUCUGGUACUCCCCCUCUCCCCACCCAUCAAACCUACCACCUCCUGCUCACUUUUUCUUUCUCCCCCACGUUUUCUCUUCACUCACUUGUUCUCCCCCUAACCACCUCCUGUCUCUCCUACUUACAGAUGCUUGCUGUGUCUUCUCCUCACACACACACACACACACACAUGGUCUAGCCUUCUAUCUCAUUUGCCUUUAUAUAUUUUGCUGGUAAACCUGUUACAUCUCAGUUGUGUUCGGUUGCCUCUUUCCAUGCCAGGAUCUUUGAUCUUGUGUUUGCUUUUCUUUUUGAGUCUAUCAUUUUUGAAGCGCAGGUAAUGCCAUUUUGGAUCAGAAGGCAAGGGAGUAUUUUGCAAAUGCACAAACUGUCCAUCCCAGGCUGAAUUUUUUUUUAACCAGUCAUUGUGGCAUUCUCAAACUGAGCACCGUUAAGUACUUGCUAUGACCUUUAGCUCAUCAGUGUGGGUUUGGAAAAAAAAUGCCACAUCAUAGAAUCAGCGUUUUGUUUCUUUAACUCCCUGAUGAGUUGCAUAACCUGAACAUGUGAGGAGCUGAACUUUCUGGACCGAAUGAGUGAAAGGCAUUAAAGCUCAGGGAAGUGAGAAAGACAGAGACAAGGGGGGAGGCGAACAUGCAAGCAUGCAGCUGGCUAACAAGGCCAAACAGCCAGUCAUUUCCUGGGGAACAUCAGGCAUGUGCAGAGGAAUAGGGAGUUGGGAAGGAAAAGGACAACUGUCAGAGGCUCAGUGAUUUAUUUUUCCCUUGGAGGCUUUUUUCACCGCUGGCUUUCAGAGCCACAUGUGUGUAAAAUAUACACAAAGUCUUGCAUGCGUGCAUACAGACACACACGCACUCACACUGGAUGAGAAUAAAAGCCCACAUUUCCCAUCAUUUAGUAUUCAUUCCAUGUUAUUUUGACAGUAGUCCUGUUAGUGUGCUGUAAAUCUUUUAUUUCACUGAGUUGACCUCUUUUCUCUCACUCUUCCCCUUCUCUUUUUUAUAUCUCCUCUCUCUCUCACUUUCUUUCUAUCCAGCAUACAUGCCCGAUGAUGAGCUUAAGGUUGCCGGUCAAGAAGAGGAAGAGCACCUGCAGGAUGACGGCCUCUCAUUAGACGGCCAGGACAAUGAGUUCCUGUGCAAUGAGGAAGAGGAUGCAGACGCAGAUGGAGGCCAGCCGCCGAGCUACAGAGACUCUCCACUUAGCAAUGGCACCAACCCUGAUGCUGGAUACGGGUCUCCGCUCAGCGAUGCUAGCGACAGACUCACAGACUUCAAGAGCACCUCUUCCAGGGACGGUCAGGAGAGGGAGGGCAUGGCUCUGCCCUUCCGUCCCAACAACGGCCUCUCUUUCCAGGACAGCCUGGCACAGAUGAAAGCCGUCUAUGCAAACCUCAUCUCAGAUGCCUCUUGGUCCAGUAUCACAAUGGACAUCAUGAAAGCUAAGCCUGCAGCAGCUGGCAGUGUCAACAGUGCCCUUCCUACCCCAGAGCCAACCUCAACUGCUUCUGUCUCCAUAACUACAACCACAAACAAGAGCAGUGGGGUAAACAUGGCUAGCAGUCACCACAAUGGUAGGAGCUCAAGCAGCACUGUCAACCACACAGGCAGCACAAGUGGCAAUACUAACGGCACAGCAGCUUGCUCUGUUAGCAGCCACAGUGCAACAAGCAGCAGUGGGAGUAGCAGCGGUGGGGCCAGUAAUGGUGGUGGUGUAGCUUAUGACUGGCACCAGGCAGCACUAGCUAAAACUCUUCAGCAGACUCCUUAUCAUCUAUUACCAGAGCCCAGCCUCUUUAGCACAGUGCAGCUCUACCGGCAGAACAACAAGCUGUACGGCUCUGUUUUCACCGGUGCAAGCAAGUUUCGCUGCAAAGACUGUAGCGCCGCUUAUGACACACUGGUGGGUUUGACGGUUCACAUGAACGAGACGGGCCACUACCGAGACGACAACAAGGACAAAGAAGAGGAGCACGGAAAGCGUUGGUCGAAACCUCGUAAGCGCUCCCUGAUGGAGAUGGAGGGGAAGGAGGAUGCCCAGAAGGUCCUGAAGUGCAUGUACUGUGGCCAUUCAUUCGAAUCUCUUCAAGAUCUCAGCGUUCAUAUGAUCAAGACCAAGCAUUACCAGAAAGUGCCUCUCAAAGAACCAGUGCCAGCCUUGGCCACUAAACUGGUGUCCACUUCAGCUAAAAAACGAGCUAUCCAAGAUGCUAUAGUCUCUCCGUGCUCCCCAGACUCUUUACAUGCUGGUAGUGGUGGCGGUGGUGUAUCUCUAGGGGAUGUUGGCAAAGACUCAAAAGCUGCAGCUAACCCCUAUGUUACACCAAACAACCGCUAUGGUUACCAGAACGGGGCCAGUUAUACAUGGCAGUUUGAGGCUCGUAAAGCCCAGAUCCUCAAAUGCAUGGAGUGUGGGAGCUCUCAUGAUACACUGCAGCAGCUGACUGCUCACAUGAUGGUCACAGGUCACUUUCUGAAGGUCACAAAUUCAGCAUCCAAGAAGGGUAAACAGCUUGUUUUUGACCCGGUGGUGGAGGAGAAGAUUCAGUCCAUCCCACUGCCACCCACCACCACCAGACUCCCUGUUCCAAGUAGUGUCAAAUCCCAACCAGUGUCCCCUGCGCUUUCCUCUGCCUCAGAGGAAAAAAGAGACAUGGCUGAGGACGAAAAGGUUGAAGGUGGUGAGCCACUGGAGAGAAAAAUCAAGGAGGAGAAAGAUGACCCAGGUGAAAAGUCUGAGAAUGAUACCACUUCAUAUAAAUACCUUAGAGAGGAAGACCUGGAGGAGACUCCAAAAGAGGGUUUAGAUAUUCUUAAAUCCCUGGAGAACACUGUAUCUAGUGCUAUUAGUAAGGCCCAGACAGGCACACCCACGUGGGGUGGUUAUCCUAGCAUCCAUGCAGCCUACCAGCUGCAGGGUGCCAUGAAGAGCUCCGCUACUGUUCUACCCCCAAUGGUCCAGAGUGUCCAGAUGCAGCCCAUGUUUAACAGUGGGCUACGAGGCCUAGUGACUGACCCCAACUCGGUCAUUCACUCUCCCCGUAGUCCUUCCUCCCCAACCCCCCUCAGGAGUAACGUCACUGCCAUGGAGGAGCUUGUGGAAAAAGUGACAGGUAAAUCUGCCACUGUAAAGAAGGAAAAGGAGGAGAAGAUGGUGAGUCUGGAAAGAUGCCGGCCUCCAUCUAUAGUCAAAUCUCCCUCUCCCGCUCUGAGAGAGCAGAGAGAGCAUUUAGCAUCUCCGAAUGACCUUUCUGUAGGUAAACCAUCUGGUAUGAGAAGUAGCAGCCCAGGUAGUGUAGAUUCAGAGCUUAUCUGCAAGAAGGAGCCCAAAGAGAGCCUAGUAGACGGACAUAACAACCAUUCAAAGAACGGCUCUGAGGCCUGCCAGUCCCCCGUAACUAAUGGCAACAGUCUUGGCAUCAUCACUGAUCACUCACCAGAAAGUCCAUUCAUCAAUCCUCUUAGCGCACUCCAGUCAAUCAUGAACACACACCUGGGUAAGGCCUCCAAACCUGUAAGUCCAGCUGCUGAUCCACUAUCCAUGCUUUACAAGAUCAGCAACAGCAUGAUGGAUAAGCCAGCUUUUAACCCAACUCCUCAGGGCAAGCCUGCUGAGCCCAUCAACCACUAUCAGUUAUAUGACAACAGUGACCAGCCCAUAGACCUUAGUAAAAACAAGUCCUCCGCUAACACCAAUACUAACAACAAUAACAACAGUAGUGUGCUCCUGACCAACAAUAACAGUAGUGUCAACGGUAACAAACCCCUCAUCUCCCUCCCGGACUCGGUCUCCUCUCCUCUGAGAGAGAAUGCGCUGAUGGACAUUUCAGAUAUGGUCAAAAACCUCACUGGAAGACUGACACCCAAAUCCUCGACUCCCUCCUCCAUCUCAGAGAAGUCAGAUGCAGAUGGCAGUGCAUUUGAGGAUGCCCUGGAGGAUCUCUCCCCAGUGCAGAAAAGGAAAGGGAGGCAAUCCAACUGGAAUCCCCAGCACCUCCUCAUCCUCCAGGCCCAGUUUGCCUCCAGCCUGAGGGAGACCCCUGAAGGCCGCUACGCUAUGACUGACCUGGGCCCCCAGGAAAGAGUCCACAUAUGUAAGUUCACAGGCCUCUCCAUGACUACCAUAUCCCACUGGCUGGCUAAUGUGAAGUACCAGCUGAGACGGACUGGGGGCACCAAGUUUCUCAAGAACAUGGACUCGUGCCAGCCCGUGUUCCUUUGUGGUGACUGUGCCUCCCAGUUCAGGACUCCCUCCGCCUACAUCGGCCACCUGGAGUCUCACCUGGGCUUCAGCUUGAAGGACCUGUCCAAACUGUCAGCUGAGCACCUACGGGAGCAGCAGGCUGCCUCAAAGGUGAUCACAGACAAAAUGACAUUCGGCAGCCCCCUGUCAGCCUUGACCACGCCAGAGGACGACACAGGCUCUGUGUACCAGUGCAGACUUUGCAAUCGGACAUUCGUCAGCAAACACGCAGUCAAACUGCACCUCAGCAAGACCCACGGCAAGUCUCCAGAGGACCACCUGGUGUUUGUCACAGCUUUGGAGAAACUGGAGAAGCUAGACAAGAUGGAGAAAGUUUGAGCGGGGUCUCAGGCUGAGGUUAGAGACUGACAGCUGUGGAACUGAUUAGAAUUUCAUUGCACUAAAUGACAUUGUUCACAGUUACUGCACUGGGCCGAACUGAGCCGCCAGAAAAAAUCGGUCUUAUUAUUAUUAUUUUUUUUCUUUUGUUGUGAUAACUGCCUGACUGGACCAUGUCUUUUCAAUGUUGAUUUGUUUUCGUUUUGCCAAGCUUUUUUACACUUAUUUUGUAAUAUAUUUAUAUGCUAUUUGUCUGAUCUGUGCAUGUAUUUUAGUGAAUCAAGGUUAAACACAAGAUUUUAAUCUUUUCAUGGCAAAAAUACAACUACUGCUUCAAUGGUAAAAGAGGUGAGCGAGAGGAGAACUGGUAGAAGAGAAAACUGUAAAAUACUUGAUAUGAAGAAGGUGAUAAUUAAAUGUAUACACCAAAAGAAUGAAAGAAUACCCUGAAAGACUGAAGUAGCACCUUAGAGAGAUGAAUUUUGAAUUUGUAAAGAGAACAUGUUUUGAAGUAUCUUUCAAUAGCAUUUGUCAAAAUCAGAUUGAUUUUAAGAGAUCAAAGUUUAUCAUUUCCCCCUCUCCUUUUCGGUUCCUGUCACUGCGAUGUUUUGAUGAUGAAUGGCCUGCUAAUAAAUCUGUCAGCGAAAAUAGAAAAAAGACCUUGUGAACAUUUCAAAAAGCUGAAAUGCUGCUUCUGGUUACGAGUCAAUCAGUGAAAAUGAAUGGCCGUCAGUAUGCAAGUUUGCUCAAAAAACUUUUCCUUGUUGUGAAGUAUCACCUUAUAGCAAUUUUCCAGUUGUAUGGUUUGUUACAACUUUCUCUUUCUAAAUUGUGUCGCUUUAUUCAACUGUAAAGAGAACAGUCCGUUACAUGUAAAUGAUUACCAGUGAAAUGUCAGUACUCCAUAAGACAUAUCUUACCAUUUGAAACGGCUCAACAUUCUUUGUAUCUUAAGGUGUGUGCAUUCUCUAACUUUUAUAUUGUCAUUUUAUAUACAAAAAUGAUAAAAAAUAAAAACAGAUGGUGUACAUAGAUAUAUGCUGUAGAGCUACAAAAAUGUCCUUUUUUAAAGAAAAUACAAAUUUAGCUUCUUUGGCUUGGUUUACAGAAAUGAUUUUAAUUAUACUUGCAUCCAAUUUGAUGCAUGAAAUGGUGUGGAAAAUAAAUAAGCGAUGCACAAUGACUAUACAUUUCAAUGUUUUAUCGACAAUAUUGUAAAAAAAAAAAGUUUUUAGCACCAAUUAGUUUGUUUCAUUUCUUUCUCAAUUGUAAAAUAAACCCCAAAGCAGUUGUUAACAGUCAUA